AUGAUCAAGAGCGGAGCUCGUCUCGCCCACUCGGACCACAUAGACAUUUCCAUCUGCACCGAUGUCAAAGCAUCUCAUCCACAUCAGAAAGCAUCCAGGUCUGGCUCACUUCCUUUCUGGUAUUUACAUAGUACGGUGGAGGGGGGAGAGACUGAAUUGAAGCCCUUGCAGUCCUUUUGGCUCCCCCCUCCCUUGAGUUUGCUUAAGUGUUGGCAUCUUGUUUAUGCAGCAGAGGCUUGUGAAACUCCCGAGAUGGAGAGAUAGAGAGAAGGGGUUUUUUUUUUGCCAAAGUUUGUUUUUUAUGGAUUUCUGGGCAAAAUGUGUACAGGUCUAAGCCAGGCCCUUGGUGACCACCUAGGCAUUGCCAAAACAGAAGAAGAGGGCACAUAUUUGCGUUAAAAUUGCAAUGUGCUAAUAUAUCUAUAUGAAUAUGGAGAUGUGCCAAUAUAGAAAUCAUGACUGUGAAAUGCAAAUGCCGCACAUCAUUCCACAGUGUGGAUGACUGUGACCAGGUGAUCUUGCUGCCCAGGUGUUUUCGAGACAACUUCAAGGCUCUUGCUGCACUCUCUCUUCUUGGGGUUCUUUGCCUUUAAACUGGGCUUGGACCAGUCAACCCUGUAAAAGCAGAGGAUGCUCUCAAAUAGAGCGCUGGCAGCCCUUCAAACAGAAGAUUUCCCCCUGUAAAAUAGGACAGCGGACCACCCUAUUUAAAUGCCAGGCUUCACUUCCAGGCAGACUGGUUACCUUCAGCCAAUACAAUGGGGAUACGAAUUAGAGAGCUCACCAGUGGUAAAGAAUCAAAACAUCAGCAAUCUGAGACUAUUGUAGAUCCCUGAAGAAAUGAGCGAGCUUACUACUAUGUUUGUCUAGGAAAGGCUAAGUGGAGAGAACAAAACCAGUCACAUACUAGGGGACAUCAUUUCAGUUUUAGGUAAAGAGGGACAAAGAGAUUUUAGGGGUUUCACUGCAAAGUCUGAAAGCCAACUCUUUGCUAUAUUCAAGAGUGAAUCGCUCAGACUCUAGUUAAGAGCAUUCAUUUUAGUUAUUUCAUUGUUUAUAUCACAUAUACAUCCCCGCCGCCCCAGCUUUUAUGAAAGAGGUCCAUGCCUUUAGCACACAGGUUUGGCAAAUGUUCCUCUCAAAAAUAACAAAAAGGAGGCUUCCCACAGGCAUCUGGAAAAAUGUUGGACUAAAUAGGCCUUUGGUCUGAUCAUGCAGGGUUCUUAUGUGGCAAAAUCUCAAAAUGGUGCUCAAAUAUUGAAACAUCAUUGUAGAGUGUAAUAUAUAUGUUGCAAGGUUGUUGCUGCUUUUAAGCAUUUUUUGUGUUUGUCAAGAGCUGUGCUCAAAUCUUUCUGAAUAUACUUUUUGAGAUAGGAGGAAUCUGAGGUUUUUCUUCUUGCCCCAGAAAAGAAGGCAACCUCACAGAAUCUCCACUUUUUUUGUAGUGUCCAUCAUUUCCACACAUACACACCAUGCCCUGGAAUGAUGGUAGGUCCAGGGCAUUGUGGAGGACACAGCUGUUGCUGCUGCUGCUGCUGCUGCUGCUGCUUUUACUGGCAGCAGAAAAAACAGAAAAAAAACAUAGGAACAUAGAAACAAUGAAAAACAAAGCUGACAGCAUGGUUCAGGGGAGAACAUGGGCAACCAUUUGUGGAGGUGUGCUAUGAAUCUUUCCCAAGUAUUAUGUCCACAUAGUUUAACCACAAGAUGUUAGGCAAAGCCUUUCAACUUCCUUUCCCUUUCAACAUGUCAAUGUUGUGUGGCAAACAUAUCCUUACAUUAGCUUAUAUUCUGGAAUUGCAAUAUGUUAUGCUGUAAACACCAUGCAAGAGUGUCAUGUUCUACAAGUGCUUCCAAAUGGGGACUUAAUAUUGUUAAACAGGUCACUGAGAUAUCACAAAUGGGCCAGUGGUAGGAAAUUUCAAUUCAUCAGAUUUCCCCUGGAAAGUAAGUUACUCGUUUAUUUUAUUUCACAUCCUGUGCCUUUGAUCCCAGAAAAGGCAGCUAGGACAACUAAAGAUAUGCCUCUGUCAAUUGCUUCUGAACGUUCAAAACAGUCCAAGUGGAACUGCUGCCGCUGGUUCCUUCUGGGCCAGUUUGGCAUUGUCUGAAAGUAUUCAAUCACCUACUGAACAAAUAAUCUUUCCCGCAUUAAGACAGAGUGGGGGGAAAUAGACACAUCCUUUCUUUAGUAGGGUGUACAGUGAUGCAUCCUACUUCCUCCUCUUUGCAGUCUCCCAGUAGUUUGUUCAGGUAAUGAUUUGUAAGGCUCAUCACAACCUGUAAUUCUCCAUCACUCCAGCCACUUUUCAUCUUGUACGACAUCAAUACCAGGUACAUUGUGUACGGCACUUAAUGGACUGUUGAUGGGAAAUAGGUGGCCUGAAUUACGUUAGUCAUCCUAGGGCUUGUCAAUCAGAAGGGAACUUGAAUGAAAGAACAUGGUGUGCUAGUGUCAGGACAGCAGAAUAGAGAUGACUGACGUCUGCACCCACAUCUCGGGCCAUCUGCAGGGAAAUGCAAAGCUCGAAGCCUUUCAUGAAGAACUUCAGAACCAAGAUGUUUUUCUCAAGUAAGUUGACUGUUCCAUUUCUUUGAAGGAAAAUCAAAACCUUAAACUCCCAUUUGGUUGCAAUAGGUAGAAGUGCAAAUGUUUAAGAGACAGACUUUACACAAGUUGAUGAAGAAGUAAGCAGCACCGAGUUCAAUGAGGCUGUUUGUUGAGGAAGUGUGGAGCAGCUACAUAGGAAGGGCUGUAGCAUUCUGCUUUGUGCUCAGAAAGUCCCAGGCAUCUCCAAGUAGGACUGGGAAUGUCAGGAAUCCUGGAGAGCCACUGCUACUCAGUAUAUAUGAUAAAGAGCCACACAAACCAUUGGUGUGACUCAGUAUGAGAUAACUUCCUAUGUACAUGGGCAGUUUCCAGCUAGCAUGAUGGAAGAUGUCUGGUGGAAAAAACAUUGUCUCACCAGCAUACCUCCAUCUUUGCUGCCAGACUGGCACCUACAUCACAUCCUGAAGCCCCUCAAUUGGAUUUACAGUAAUAUAGGACUGCACCGAAAAUGUAAGACCAGAAAAUUUCAGAAAACAAAGACUAGGCAUUUCUCUCUUUAAACUGGCUACCAUACUACGGGUUCACUGCAAAAAUGUCUAUAACAUAUUCGAAUUAUGCAAGUGUGCAGAAAUCAAGACUGCUGAUUUUUCUUUUACCUUGCAGGAAAAAUUAUGACUCCUAAUGGAGUAAUUUGGGGUUGGUACAUGACACUUGCUUAGUAAGCUGUAUUUGGCCUUAGAAGUGAAGGUAAACCAAUCAGAAGAUCCUAUUCCAUCGGCAGCUAUGAAAUUACAUCUCCACAUUGUCAACAAAAAUCUCCCAGCAAACCAAAAAGGGAAAAAAGAAGAAGCUGUUUGUGGUUUUCCCCGUUCCAAGUUGCAUAGACACCAUAAUUUUUAAGCAUAGUUGCAAGUUUUAUAGUUUUCUUUAUAUAUAACAAACACAGUUUGUGGCAGCUUGUAUGUGAUAGUCAGAGAAACCUCCCAUUUUAUUUUUAGAAAAGACAAGCGCAUUACGUGAGAAAACGUUGUCCUUCUAGAGAAAUUAUGCAUAGGAAAAAUUCUAAAAUACUCUGAUGGAUUGUAGCCCCUUUCUUAGAAGUAGGCAUUGAUGCCACCUUUUUCAUACCUUAAGGCACGUGGCUUUUGAACUUUUCAAACUGACAUGCUGUGCCAGAUCAUCAGAGUUGAGCAGCUCCGUGUUCUGAGGGGUCCACGGGCAAGAUGCAAUCAGUGGCGCCCCUCCCUGAGUGGGUCCACCUUCUCCUCGCCCACUAACACGGCUAUCCAUUCUGAGUGGCAAUCGUUCAGGUGCCCAUAGAGCCAGCGGCAAAAGUGAACGAAGCAAUGGAUAUAAUGCUUAGCUGUAGGUUAUAUUCAAGCUACACAAAGGGCAGUGGUUUUGACCUACACCUACCCACCCACCCACAUGUCUCCACCCUGGCAACUGAGAGGCGUUAGCACAGUUCAAGGACGCUGUCCUGAACCCCUGGCCUACCUGGCAGCAAGUCAGUACUCCAAGUCCAAAGUUCUAAGUCUGAUGAUCAAGCCACACAAGCAAAGUCCAAAGCUCAGGAAACAAGGCCAAGUCCGAAGUCCAGCAGUCAGGAUACAGUCCAGAAUCAAACCCAAAGUACAGUCCUGUGGAGGUCCAGGAGCAUCCAAGCUGAGCUCCACCAACAUGGGCAGUUGAGCAGACACAGCACCUCAGCUCUGCUUCCCUUUUGCACUUUGCUUGCUGAUUGCAGCAUCUGGGCUUGAUGAGGCAUGUGGCCCUCACCUGUUCUGAGCCCACUCCAGCUGAGGAAUCACACACCUCCUUCCACAGCUAGUGAGCCCCACCUGGCCAGCUAGGGAGUUGGGCUGUGGAUCUUUGCUUGCCUCAGCCUCCUAGAGUGCAGCUCCCGCUGCUCCCUACAGCUCAGAGCCCACUGUGAUCAUGGAGACAGUGGCCCCUCUGAUUCCCCUUGUGUGUACUUCCUUCCCCAUACCCUGCUUGCCCCGGUGUGUCCCAGUCCCAGCUACAUCCUUCGCCAGGAUACUUUCCCUCCUCUUACUCCUCCUCAUCAUCCUGGCAGUUCAUGGCAGACACAUUCCCAGCCAGGCAGGAAGUGCUUGAGGGGAGCAGGGUGGUGGAGACAGGGUGUGCCCCUGAGGAAUAGUCCUGAGGCCAAAAUAGAGGCCUGGUGAGCUGCAUUCAGCCCCUUGGCUCUGAUGUUCCCAACCUCUGGCUUAUCUAAACAUGGCUUCCCACAAACCCGAUUCAAUCAGCACCAUAUUGCAGAAUCAAGAGCAUGGGAACUGGGCAUGAGGGAAACCAUUCCUGUGGAUUGCGCAGCCCAUGCCAGCCACACCGCAGUCUCCAAAUCAGGAAUUAGUGUCUGCUGAUAACUGAGACUAUGUGGGAGGAAUGCAAGAUUUUUAAUGUCCUCAAGCCCUACGAUGAGCGCAAAUUUAAAAUUAAUAAGCGUUUAUCAGCCAUUAAGCUUUCAGAAAACAAGCUCUUCCUUUGACUUCCUCACAGUAGGAUUUUUCUUACAAAACAACUGCAAAACAUCACACUCCGUAAAAGCUUUCACAAUUCCUCUGCUGAUUACACACAGUUCAAAAUCCCUCGCAGUGUCAAAACUAAAAUGUUACACCUACUGUCCUCAAUAAUUAUUAUUUUUUAAAGAUCUUGUUUUUAAAGCUUCACUUGCAUUGCCAGAUAUACUCAUUCCAGAUAACAAGAAACAAACGGGCAUUUUUAAGAGGGCCGAAAAGGCAAGGCACCUUCUCACCCAAGGUAAUCUGAAAAGGCAAGCCACAUUUUAAAUGGAAGAGCAGCUCAUGAUUUGAAUAAACCUUCUCUAACAAUUUCAAAAAGUGUUUUCUACUUUACCUAUAAUUGUCAAUCCUUAGGCCCAGAAUGAUUAAACUGCAGUUAAAAUGUGCAGACAAAAGCUUUCAAUUUGUUUUUCUAGUAAUUACAUAAGCCACCGAAAAUGUCACAUUCCCCCACCCUGGCUUUUUCAAACAUUUUGUUGUAGAAAGAAGCAAACUUAAAACAAAACACCAGUUUAGGAUGAGAAAGAAAUGAAAGCCAAGUCCUCAGGAAGAGGAAGAGGGAUUUUGGUUAAGUUGCUUUGUCUGUUUUUCUUUCCAUGAUGUCAGGCCCUGGAGGCAAAAAAACCUCUCAGACAAUACAUUUAAGAGAAGAAUAGGUGGGGAUGGCUUGAAAAGAGCCAUUUGUUUCAGACUGAGCAAGGACCAAAUAAAGGCAAAAUCACUACAGGUCAGAUCUGCAAAGCCCUCUGGAAUAAAAUAAAAUCAAAAAGAGUGACAGAAAAGACACAUUUAUUUCUUGCAGACGUUUCUCCAUUAAAUUUAACCAAUUUCAUGCUAUGUCCAUUAACCGGAAGACAGUAAAACCAAAUAAAACUUAUUCCCAACAGAAAGGGAAACAUCUCCUGGCCCCAUGAUGGAACUUGGUGCUAGCUGCUGCUUACUAGAACAAUCUCGCUAUCCCCCAAAGGCAGAACACAUCCCUGAAAAUAUUUGACAUGACACCUGAGCUGAAAAACAAGAAAUAAUGGUCACUCCUAAGAAAAAACAUAUAACAAUUCCGCUCUCUAAAGAACCACCAGACUAUUGUGAACCAGGGAAGAAAUGUCCCAAGUAAGAAAAAACUGAAGCUUUAGCUCAAGGUGCCAGGCGAAAGCUAUCUGAUAAUGCACAGUUUUAGGAAGGGUCUCUUCAGUUUUCAUAAUGUAAGGGAAAGAAAGAACUAUCAUCUUACCCUAAGGACAUUUUAUUUGCAUCACAGACUUAGCCUAGUUUAAUAGUGACUCUCUUUACACAAAUCCCAGGACUAUCAUGGAAAGGCUUCGAGGACGCAUCAACCAGGAGGGUAAACAAAAACCUUGCUUCUCUCCAACAAUGGACCAAAGCAGACACAGAGGGUGUGGGGGAAGGAGUUAUUGGUUUGGGGUUUCGUUUUGUGUUUGGUUCCUGUUUUUAUCAUGCAUUUUGCGUUUUACAUAGUAUUUUUAGGUUGCUAACUGCCCUCAGAUCUGCGGAUAAAGGAUGGUAUACAAAUUUAAUAAAUAAAAUAAGAAUACAGUGGUGCCCCGCAAGAUGAAUGCCUUGCAAGACGGAAAACCCGCUAGACGAAAGGGUUUUCCGUUUUUGAGUUGCUUCGCAGGACGAAUUUCCCUAUGGGCUUGCUUCGCAAGACGAAAAUGUCUUGCAAGUCUUGAGAUUUUUUUUUCGCUUCCCCCCCCCCUUUAUCUAAGCCGCUAAGCCUUUAAUAGCCUUUUAGCAGCUAAUCCGCUAAUCCUUUAAUAGCCGCUAAACCGCUAAUAGCGCUAAUCCGUUAAGCCGCUAAUAGGGUUGCUUCGCAAGACGAAAAACCGCUAGACGAAGACACUCGCAGAACGGAUUAAUUUCGUCUGGCGAGGCACCACUGUAAUACUCAAAUAUAAAUCCAGUGCCACCUAGUGACUAAACUGUAUAACAGCAUUAUCCAGACAGAACUAUAGUUCUGAGUGUGGUCCUAGAGAUCUCUAACAGACUGUUCAGCACCCUAAAUAAACUACAGUUUCUGGAAUGGUUGUGAGAAGGCCAUGAAAGUUAAAGGGCUAUAAAAUGGAUAUAAGCCUGUAGACUAGAUAUGCCCUUUGUUAUAUUACAUGAGAAGAUUGUUUUCCUCCUUCGGAAUAUCCAAAAUAUCCCCUCGCAGAGCCACAGUUUUCAGAAUUCUCUGGGAAGAGAGAUCAACCAUUAAACCACUCUGAGUAGGGAACAGGAGUCUCUUAACAACUCUUCUCACCCUUAAUGAACUAUAGUUCCAAGGAGUUGUGGCUGUUUACAGUGUGGCUGUUUAAAGUGGUAUGAUACUGCUUCAAAUGUAUAGUGCAGAUGGGGCCCAGAGGUAGCUGGACUACAACUGCCAUAAGCCCCAGGCAGCAAGGGCAAUGGUGAGGGAUGAUGGGAAUUGUAGUCCAACAAACAUAUCGAGGGCUAUAGGGCUUUCUUAGGCCACACAAGAAAAACAGAUGACUAUGGCUUGGAAUAAGGGACGCAGGUGGCGAUGUGGGUUAAACCACAGAGCCUAGGGCUUGCCGAUCAGAAGGUCGGCAGUUCGAAUCCGUGCACCGGGGUGAGCUCCCGUUGCUCGGUCCCUGCUCCUGCCAACCUAGCAGUUCAAAAGCACGUCAAAGUGCAAGUAGAUAAAUAGGUACCGCUCCGGCGGGAAGGUAAACGGUGUUUUAUUGUUGUUAGCCGCCCUGAGCCUGGCUUUGGCUGGGGAGGGUGGGAUUUAAAUAAAAUUUAUUAUUAUUAUUAUUAUUCCGUGCGCUGCUCUGGUUCGCCAGAAGCGGCUUAGUCAUGCUGGCCACAUGACCCGGAAGCUGUACGCCGGCUCCCUCGGCCAAUAAAGCGAGAUGAGCGCCACAAUCCCAGAGUCAGUCAUGACUGGACCUAAUGGUCAGGGGUCCCUUUACCUUUACCUUUAUGGCUUGGAAUCAGCAGGGGUCUCCAGAUGUAAUCUCACCUCACUUUUAAAUGAAGGGACCAUAGCUCUGUCACAGCACAUGCUUUGGAUUCAGAAGGUCAAAGGUUCAAUACCUGGCAUCUCCAGUUUUUAAAAAGGGCCAUGCUGCAGGUAAUGGGAAAGACCUUGGUCUGAGAUCAGGGAAAGCUGUUGCCAGUCGGAGUAGUCAGCACUGGCCUAGAGGGAGGAAUAGCUCUGAUCUCCUGUAAGAUGGCUUCCGCUGGUCCAAUUAAUGAACCAUACUGGCUCACUGGGCCAAACUAACCAAUGUUCAGGAGCCAUGUUAAAAGGCUCCUAAUGGGCUUUGUUUUCACUCUGCUGGUUUUUAAACUGAAAAGCAGCAUCAGAGACUACACCCAGGAGCAGAAAACAAAAAAGUGAGAUGGAAGAUCUUCUUAAUUAUUGCUCUUCACACCAUUUUCACACAGCAGCACCCCCAAGCUACUUUCCCAGGCAUGAGGGGCUGGGACAGAUUAUGGGACUUGUCUUCUGGUAGAAGAAAAGCAGCUAGAGGGUAGGAAACAAGUAUCAAGUGAGGGAAAGGGUUAAGCCACACACACACACACACACACACACACACACACACGUUCCUCUGCUGAAUAUUCCUCCAGCCGACUGCAUAUUAGCUGGUAUGGGCCCAAGAACUUUGCUUAUCUCAAAGAGUCCAGGCAACAAUUAGCCACACUCAUGCAGACUUUUAAUAUAAUGUUAGAAAUGGAUAGGGAGGCUGUUGCCCAGUGGGAAAGGUUUUAAAGGAGUGCAUUUGGGAAUAAGACUUUUCCUGUAUUUAUGGAUAAGAUAUAAGCAUUGAUCAAUCAUCCCUUGGACUCUCUGCUUUGUUUCCUUUUCCAGUUGAAAGCAAGAUACUUGAUGAGAAGACCUAUAUCAUGUGCGGAAUGAGAUAAAAUAUUAAAAGAUUUCCCAAUCAGCGACGUAGUAUGGUUCGACGUUCACAAGUCUAUUUGAAUAUGUGGUUUCUUCUCCCAGUCUUCCAUUAUGUGACAACAAUCCAUCAGAAUCAUAGUGUCUGUUUUUCAAGUAUAGCCAGGCCCAGUAUAAUAGCAGUCCUAUAAACAUAGCUUGCAUUUUACUUUAUUUUUGCAUUAUGCAGCCCGGUAAAUUAUUGAAUUUCUCUCUCUCUUCGGCCCCUUGAGAAGUCAUUUGUUCACCUAGCCCUCAUCCCACUCUCCAUACAAGAGUGGUACUCUAUAAGAGGCUAACUUCAGAAAAAUCAUUUGGUCCAGAAUGCAGCAUCAAGGAUGUUGGUGGGUGCUUGAUGAUGUCACACCAAUCCUGGUUACCAAUCUUCUGGGCACAAUUGAAAGUGCUGAUGAUUGGGAACUUCUGGGAGGAAAGAUGGCUGACUAGUCAUCUACUGCUGACACUCUACCAACAGAGAUAAUUAUGUGGUGAUUAAUUGUCUUCUCCCAGUCUUAAAGUCAACUCUCCACAUUUCUUCACCAGCAUUCAAAUUUUAUUUUUGAAAGUUCAUCUGCCUUCUAAUGUGCACUUCCCCUGAUAUAACCCAUUAUGCUUUUUACAAGCAAUUUUCUUCUAAUAUAAUAUUUUUUGCAUUGGAUCAUUUUGAUUGGAGAACUGCACUGGGUGUGGAGAAGUGAACAUUUCUUGGAGUUGACUGCCUUUCAGUUCCUGAAUUUCUACCAAGAAAGACAUUUUUAUAUAGCAAACCUGUUUGUUUGUUUGUUUGUUUGUUUGUUUGUUUGUUUUUGUUUUUACAUUUUCUCUAUAGAUCUGAUUCCCAGCACUUCAAAACUCUCUCUCUCUCUCUCUCUCUCUCUCUAUAUAUAUAUAUAGAAGCUGGCAUAUGCUGUCCAGCCCAAGAUGUAUGCCUGUUCCAUGCUUUGAAACUGCACAAUCUGACAUUAGCAAACUCCAGGAUCUCUGGUGAUAUUGCAAUUGAUAGGGCACAGCUCCCAGAACAUAUUCAGUUUGGCAGGUCCUGAAAGUUAAACCUCAGGUUUUACUGCAGUGCUACAAGGGAUACCUUGACUGACAGAAUCCCCAAGCUGCUCCUUCUGCAGUCAGGGCAGCACUUCAGCGCAAACAUAGUUAUUCAACAAGGAACCAAAGAACUAAAAGCUAGUAAAUAUAUCCAUCUAUAAGGCACAGACAGAUGAAAUCUGAUUGCAGAAAAGCAGCCAUGACAGAAUCACUUUGCAUGCUGCCUCAAUGGGAAGGAGAGGGAAGAGGCCGCACACAAAAAUUGGUGUUUCUCACUCCCCAACCCUCACCAUUUCUACAACAUAUGCAAAACUAUCAUUCGGGCAGCAGCUCAGUGUAACAGUACCAGUGGCGUAUGGUGAAAUUUUUCAUAGGGGAGCAGUUAGGGCCAGAAUUACCUCCUUUUAGCCACCCUACUAAAAUCUAAGCUGUGUACACACAUAGCCUUUGAAAUGCACAGGGAUGAUUUUUUUCACAAUGCACUUUUGUGCAUAGCCAUUCUACACACCUUCCUGCAAUAAAGCCAUCUAAACUGGCAGCUACUGUCUGCGUUGUCUGCACACACAGGUGGGCAUGUAAUCCACCUAGUACACAGUGGUGUUCUCUAUUCCUCUCCCAUCAAUUAGUAUUCCUACAGACAUACAGAGAUAGAUAAAUAGAUGAUAGAUAGAUAGAUAGAUAGAUAGAUGAUAGAUAGAUAGAUGAUAGAUAGAUAGAUAGAUGAUAGAUAGAUAUAGAUGAUAGAUAGAUGAUAGAUAGAUAGAUAGAUAGAUAGAUAGAUAGAUAGAUAGAUAGAUGAUAGAUAGAUAGAUAGAUGAUAGAUAUUUGCAGGAUAAGGACACCAUGGGGUUGAUAUCUUCUCAAUACCUGAGCCAAAUUCCACCUACAUCUGUAAUCAAUAAAGUUGUGGCCAUUUUUAAUCCAAAUCAUUUCAUCACUCCUUACUUUAGCCACUGCCUAGGGGUGGGUGGAGUUGCAACUUGGACUACAACUUUUGUACAGCACCUGCAUCCAGCACUGAAUGAACAUUAUCGCACAAUGCGUACACAUCCUGAUUUAUCUGGGGCAUAAAUUAUGGACACUUGGCUUGAGCAUUGUGGAACCUGAAACUACUGAAACUAGUUGUGUUUUAAAUUUGGAAAAACAACUUCUAAACUGAAGUCAGAUUAUAUAAGGUAUUUCAGAUUUACAGAAUAUCUUGUUUCUGGGGUGACGACCUUAAUAAAGUUUUGACUUUUGGCCUUCCACAUCUGAAACUUCAAUUCCAUUUUUUUAACAACUGUGACAUCUGUUUAAACAUGUGUCUCGAGGGUCAAAUAAAAUGGAACCUUAAGCCCUGGUGCCAUUGUAAAAAUCAUCAUUAUCAUCUUGGUUCAAAAUGUCUGAGCCAAAAUUUCAAACACUGGUACUGUUGUUGUCCUGACUUUUUCUGAGGAAGUUUCUAUCAGUGUUUAAUUCUUAGCAUCCUAUAAUAAAACUAGAAUAUUUAUUAGUGGCAUGUGCCCUGAGUGUCACUUUUCAAAUAUCCCCCCUUGCCUUGCCUGCCCCAGGAGACAGCAAGGAAACACCAAAACAGAGUUUCACAAAGUCAACACGGAAGAGUCACAGUUCAUUAUAUUCAGAACCAGAAGGUCUAGUCUGUUUCCCACAUUACAUGGUAGGAAAUGUUCGUAUGCCAUACUGUGCGUCAUAAUACCCAGAACAAAAACAGGAGAAAGGGGUGAACUGUGAGAAUAAAGAAUAACCUGAAAUGGAUUGGUGGACCAGUCAUAUUUAUUCAAGAGAGAUUGAUUCAGAAUACUAAGGAAUGUCAGCGUGGAUGGAUUUUAGAACAUCUUCAGAUGUGGACUGUAGACCUUGAUUAGCAGAACUGCAUUCACCAUUCAGCUUUUGCUCUUGUUUGUUGUAUAUUCACAACAUUAUAAUGUGCUUUUGGAUAACUUUUGUGAAAAUAUAACACUAUUGGUUAUUGCUAUUUCAUGGUUGGUUUUGCCAUUGCGGGUCCCUUUUUUGCCUUCUGUUCUCCAUCUUAGAGGGAGCAAUGGCCAAACUUGACUGCCUGCUAUACCCAACACACUUUUCCAUGUUGCCAUCAUACUUUGACACUUCUAAGGAAUAUUGUGCACAUGCACCAAAAAAGAAGUGAGAAAUACUUAAACUCUUAUAGACUUAUAGUUCAGCUGUAGAGCCCAUGCUUAGCAUGCAGGAGAACCCAGGUUCAGACCUGGGCAUCGCCACUUAAAAGGAUUAGGAAGUUGGUAAGGUGAAAGAAACAUCCUGAGAUCUUGGAAAGUCACUACCUGUCAGAGUAGACAAUCCUGGACAAAAAAAAAUCUAGCCUUCCUAUAGUUAGCAUGGAUCAAGUCCUACCACUGUCAUUACCUUACUACCCCUAGCCAGGCAUUCAAUCUACUUGCAUCAAAAGAAAUAUAUGAGACAGAGUAGAGGUGUACUGCCAAUCCCUACACCUUCUGCCAUGUUGCCUGGAGGACAAAAUCAAGGCUCUAAAUUGGACAAGGGGACUCCAAGAAUAGAGAAGACACCUUUGUCCUCAAACUCAUUGAGGGUUCUAAAGGAUAGAGAUGUCCUGCAGGAAGGGAUGUGACUUGCUAGCCUGCCCCUGCUCCCACUCACCUAUUUGCUUCAAUGAAAGUAGAAGGAACACCCAAAUACAGCUGUUAUGUGGCUAUUAACUAUCACUUAGUCUGAACUAUCCUGAGCUAGCAUGAGAGGCCUGAGUGCAAGCAUAGCUGGCUUAUCUGUUGCCAAGGUGCUUUAACUGCAGACACACACACCAUAUUUUUAAAGUACUUCCCGCAAAGAAUUCUGGGGGCUGUAUUUUACCACUUGCAAAGCUGCAAUUCCCAGCGCCCUCAACAAACUACAGUUCCCAGGAUUUUGGGGGGGAGGUCAUGUGCUUUUUUCUGGGGGUACACAUACCCCCUGAACAUUUUGUGAAUCUAAGUUCGACCUCAUUGAGGGGCAGUAUUUCAAUAUGAGUAGGAAAAUGAGAGUACCCCUAAACAUUUUUUAGGGGGGGAAGCACUGUUUAAAUCUAUGGUGUGUGUGCAGCCAGAGGAUUUGUGGGGGCUCUCGCUCACUUUCCAGUUUUCACUUGCCUACAUUGCAAUAGAUUGCAUGAAGGUGCCAUUUAUGCGUCUGGACCAGGGAAUAGUUAGUAAUGAGAUGCUUGCCUUGGCAGUGGUUAGAUGCAUCCUUCUUCCUAUAGACUUUAUUGGGUUUCCAGCACCCUCUUCAAAAAGAGCAAAAUCCCCGGCUUCCAACGUUAAUGUCACUACUAGUCAUCUGUAACCUUGUAAAACAUGGUACAGAAAAAAACAUUGUCUGUUUCUUCCUGAUUUCCAUCAUUCCCUCCCUCCUUUCCUACACACACACAUACACACACCCUUUCCUGGCUUUUAACUUUCUCCUUUGAAAUGUUCUCACAGGGUAAUGCAGCUUGUUAACUGGCUGCCAGUCUGAUUUUUCACAAGUUUGCCACGUUGCAGUGACAGGACCGUAGCGAGACACAGAUGCUGCAGAGUAAAUAAAUAGCACAUCUGGGAUUUGGAAGUGGGCUGGCUCCACAUUAUGGAAAAAGCCGAUGCAGGGACAUAUCCAAAGAACACACAGCUGGAAACCAUUAAUGCUGGAAGGAGAAAGGGAGAAGGGGGCAGAGGACUGGAAUGGGGGGGGAUUACUGGCGGUCGCAAGCCUGAGAGCUGUGAGCGUCGAUAGAAACUCCAUUUAUACAGCCGCUGAAUUUACUGCAUUCCUGAGAAGCGAAUGGUGGUUUAUAAUAACUGACCUCAAGUAACACAAAUACGGAUCAGGCAGGGGUGGGAAAACUGGCUCGGAGGCUGAAAACAUUUGGAGGGAAAUGGUGAGAUGAUCCUGAUGGCCGUGGAUUUUGUAGCAGCAGGAAUCACCCUUCCGAAACUUACUUUGGAGAGAGGCACAGCAAUUUCCUAAGCCUAGAGUGCCACAUGCAGAUUCAAGCCUGUGCAGACUGAGACAAGAUGCACAGUUCGUCAUUCAUAACAGGAGAGGCUGGUAGAUUAUUCAUGUGUGUGAUUCAGUGAUGACUGCCAAGUGGGUUGUGGUGGAUUGUAGAGACUUCUAGGUUACUUUUGUUGUGAGUGGUGAGAGACAGGGUAUGGAGGAACUGGAACAGAGGAGAGGAAACUAAGACCCAGAUGAAAUUUCUCAGAAUUUUCAGACAGUGUUUGGCUGAGUAUGCAGACCCAAUGAAUGAAGAGAAGCAAUGAAAGAGAGGAGAAAUGGGCAGGGACAAGGAGGGAAGCAAGAGCCCAGGCAGGAGAUGUGUGGUAAAAUAGAAGAGCCAGGCUGGGCUCCACUGGGCCAGUUUACAGGGGUUCUGUAUGCUGGUUACACAUAAUUCUUCUGUCUGAGCCUUAAGGGUUUCUGCACCAGCUCAUAAAUGAUUAGGCUAUCAGAACUAAUGAUGGAUGAAUCAUUUCUCUUUUUUCCAGUUCUUGGUUCAGUUCUCCACAUUUUUGAAUCAAUUUGCAAUUUUUAAGAAAGUUCUCAUGAAAAUACAUCAGCUUUUUAGUGUGAAUUUCUCCUAAUUUGCACAUUUUUGCAAAGCAAUUUCCCCUAAUAUAUUGCAUAUUUGCAAGUUAUGGCCACAAAUAUGUGCAUUUUUGUGCACACUACUAGGCUGAAGAGCUGCAUUGCAAAAUUCAGAGAAUUUGGAAAAAAUGGUUGUGUUUUGGUUUGCCAAUUGUCCACAAAGUGCAAAUUUGGCAGGUUCACCUUUAAAUGUGAACUAAUCUAAUCUGAUAUGGCAAAUGGAGAUUUUAUCAUCCUUGCAAGAUCUGCUGAAAUUAUAUUUUACACUACGGUAUAGAUCAACCUCACCCUCGUUAGCAACUGGAUUGAACUAAAUACAGAUGGACAGAAAACUCAUAUACUCAAUUCCGCAGCAACCUUUAAUUGGGAUUCCAUUUGCAGUCCACUUCUUCUGUGCUGUGGCUCGUAAUAAAAACCACUCAUUCAUACUGCAACCUACCGUAGCCUAGGAAUUUGUUACCCGAACCCUAAUCAGACGACCUGUUUCCAUGGAUCACUCUUCAAGAUUCGUAAUUCAUCUCUCUCUCUUUCUUAUGAAGGCUUUUGUUAGCACAGACCUCCUGAGCAGCCCCUUCAGUCAUUGCUCCUCAUAGUCCAUUCUCUUUGCCAAGGUACUAACAGGUGGUUGAAAAGAUUCCAAGAGUGGGGUCAGCUGAGGCCUCUGACAAUAGCUUCACAGUUUCCUUCUCAGGAGUGUGCUCUAGUAGACUUCCUGGCUGAUGGAGAACAUGCUUGAUAUUUUACAGUCUUUCUCACAUAAUCCUUUAAGUUGCAAAAACUGGCUGCACAUCAGGCUUGAUGGUUGGGGAGUCAGUACCUAGAAAGCACAGAGGAGCUGUUUAGCUUUCAGAAGGACCACACCAAACCAUCAGAACAACUGUGCAAUAAGCAAAAAAAUAAAAUAAAAAAAUCUAUGCUUCCCCCCCAGAGUUUAACCUAACAACCUUUCGGCUAAAGAAACUGGUUCUGAACCAGUAAAGCUGUCUUAUACUGAGUCAGAUCACUGAUGGAGCCAGUCAAAGGAACACAAGAAGCUAUUUUAUACAGUCAGACCACUGGUGCAUCUCAUUCAGUAUUGUCUAUACAAGGAGUAGGGAACUGGAUCCAGCCAGAGCCUUAUCUCCCCUGCUCCCCUGUCCGUGGGCCAGAUUAGGCAGUUGGGUGGGGUUCACCCUCCUUUUAAUCACCGGGUGUCACAACGAUGUCAAGUGACAUGGUGCUUUGAAGUCCCAACAAUCAGCUGAUCAUAGGGACUCCAAAUUGCCACCCUGGGGCUUGCAAAGAGACUGGUAUGGUGCUUUGAAGCCCCCAAGGUCAGCUGAUUAUCAGGACUUUAAAGCACAGCACAAGGCUAUUUUCAAAGGGAGUUGCAAACAGCCCUGCACUGCACUUUGAAGUCCCACUAAUAGGAGAUAAGUAUGCAGUGCUUCUGAAGUGCCUUUCUGCCCUGCAUUAUUAUUAUUAUUAUUAUUAUUAUUAUUAUUAUUCAGUCCUUCAUUCAAAGAUCCCAGGGCAGUUCACAACAGAAAAAUGCAAAAUGAGAAAACAUAAUAUUUUGUAUUUCUUUCUACGUGCCUAUGCAUCAGGUGAUUGGCAGGUAAGCAUGGCUUAGCCAAAAUGGCUUGGCAGAACAAAUGAGGAUGCCUGGCAGGUUUGGACUGAAUGAGUUAAAAUGAAUGACACCUCCAGUGUCUUCCCUGACACUUUUUAAAAAAAAAAAUCAUCCACCUUUUUUAUCACCCGGGUAGAUUUAAAUCAUUUAUAAAGCAAUACCAUAGGGGAUUUUUAUACAGGUCCUGAUCCAAUAUCAAAUAUGAAAAAUAAAAAUAAUGACAAUAUUAGACCCACAUGGAUGCAAUUUAAUCAGCUAUGUUUUAUUUUUAUGUCAGUGAUGAAACAACAAGCAACCAGACUUUCAAUAGUAUUUGAAAACUACUAAACAAAAAUCAUUUUUCAUGGCCAAAGUGGUUGGAGCACCAGCUGAUUUCUUCAUCGUCUUCUUAAUCAUCUCUUCUUUAAAAAGAAAAGUCUCUUUCAUAGCAUUAGUCCCUUUCUGCCACAAGGGAAAACUGGAGGAAGCAAUGUAUUCAAAUCUUUAGUUUAAAAAAAGAAGAAAAAGACAAGUAAUUGAGAACUGUGAAUUUAUUAUGCGUUCAUUUCUCAUAUUUUUGAGAGCCUUAUGACUGCUCCACUGGGGCAAAAGAUGCCACGAAUGCUGGUCACCACAGCUGGCAUGAAAUCUCCACUGGCGAAGCAGGACAUGGCAUCCAACAUCCUGAUGCAAAUUGUAUUAGUUGCCAGCAAGCAGAAUAUGUGUUUAGCUACAGCAGGUGUCACAGGAUGUAGCAUUUUGAAACACUCUCCCAUGUAUCUCCCAGUAGGCUACCUCGUGUCCCAGUUUUACACCCUAGAUGCCCUCCCCACCUGCAUGGAAUACACUCUCCACCUGCACUCUCCACCUGCAUAGGAUAGAGUACAGAUUGGGUGGGGACUGUUCCCUGCUUAUUGAGCUUUCCAGAGACAUCUGGUGGUCCGCAAGCAGAAUACUCAGCUAAAUAAUCACUCACUGAUCCAGAAGGCCAUUCUGUAAGGCAGCCUUCCCCAAUGUAUUUUUUUUAAAAAAAUAAUUUUUAUUAAGGUUUCAGUAAAAAGUUAAACAGAAAAACAUUAAAAAAACACACACACAAAUACACAGUACAUAAUCCAAAAAAAGAAGAAAAACACAGAGAGCAGAAAACAAAAAAAAAGAAACAGAACAAUUAAAAACAAUAUCACCUUUUCAUUUCCGUUUUUAAAUUUACUUAUUUUCUGGACUUCCUCAUACCUCCCUCUUUUGUAUUCCAGUCCAAAUUGUUUGUCCAGCAAUUUCUUUUCCACUUUUUUAAUCCCAAUCUUUAAUCUCAAUAUAAUAUAGCAUUAAAAUUUUACCUCUUAAGUACCAAAUUUCCAUUUCGUUAAAUUUCUUUAAUCCUAAUCUUUAAUCUUAGUCUAACUAUAACUUUAUCCUAUACAGCUGGAAACCACUUAUUUUCAAUCCAACAUCACUCUAACAUUCUUUAAUUUUGCAGUGUUUCUGUAGGUAGUCUUUGAAUUUCUUCCAAUCUUCCUCCACCGACUCUUCUCCCUGGUCACGGAUUCUGCCAGUCAUUUCCGCCAGUUCCAUAUAGUCCAUCAGUUUCAUCUGCCAUUCCUCCAGCGUGGGAAGUUCUUGUGUCUUCCAAUACUUUGCGAUGAGUAUUCUUGCUGCUGUUGUUGCAUACAUAAAGAAAGUUCUAUCCUUUUUUAACACCAUUUGGCCGACAAUGCCCAGGAGAAAGGCCUCUGGUUUCUUGGGGAAGGUAUAUUUAAAUACCUUUUUUAAUUCAUUAUAAAUCAUUUCCCAGAAAGCCUUAAUCUUUGGGCACGUCCACCAAAGGUGAAAAAAUGUACCUUCAGUUUCUUUACAUUUCCAACAUUUAUUAUUGGGCAAAUGAUAGAUUUUUGCAAGCUUGACUGGGGUUAUGUACCACCUGUAUAUCAUUUUCAUAAUAUUCUCUCUUAAGGCAUUACAUGCUGUAAAUUUCAUACCUGUGGUCCACAACUGUUCCCAGUCAGCAAACAUAAUGUUAUGUCCAACGUCUUGUGCCCAUUUAAUCAUAGCCGAUUUUACCGUUUCAUCCUGAGUGUUCCAUUUCAGCAGCAAGUUAUACAUUCUUGACAAAUUCUUAGUUUUGGGUUCUAACAGUUCAGUUUCUAAUUUUGAUCUUUCCACCUGGAAGCCAAUUUUCUUGUCCAAUUUAAAUGCCUCCAUUAUCUGAUAAUAAUGAAGCCAGUCUCGCACUUUGUUUUUUAAUUUUUCAAAACUCUGCAAUUUCAGUCUAUCUCCAUCUUGUUCCAAAAUUUCCCAAUAUUUCGGCCAUUUGACCUCCAUAGUGACCUUUUUCAAGGCUUUCGCUUCCAUUGGUGACAGCCACCUUGGGGUUUUGUUUUCUAAUAAAUCCUUAUAUCUUAUCCAAACAUUAAACAGCACUUUCCUGACAAUGUGGUUUUUAAAUGCUUUAUGUGCUUUGACCUUGUCAUACCAUAGAUAUGCAUGCCCAGCCUUCCCCAAUGUAAUGCCCCUCAGGGUUUGAGAGGGGGGGUUGGGGGGAGAGACUACAACUCCCAUCAUCCCCAAUCAGCAUGGCUAUUGGUCAAGGAUGAUGGGAGCUGGAGUUCAGCAUGUGGAGUGCACUAGGCUGGGGCAUGCUGCUGUAUGAUUUUGAUAGAUGGCUCAUCUUGCUGUUCCCAUUACUCCUUGCAUUGCUGUUCUACUGGAAUCACUGUGCCAUAUGUGGUUCUAUUUUAAUAAUUUUAACUAUUAAAGCUCCCUGGUUGUUUUUGUGAUGUUUGUCUUGUUUUGAUUUGAUGUUAGUAUUUUUUAAAAAAAAUAAUAUUUAUUAGUAGUUUUCAGAAUUAUAAGAAGAAAAAACAACAUUAAAAAACAACACUAUAAUAAACAAAAAAAAGAAAAAACACAAAAACCAGUACAACAAUACAACAAAAAGAUAAAAAGAAAAAAGAAAACACAAAUCCCAAAUUACAUAUCUAAAACUUCCAUUUGCUUGUUUCAUUGACUUCCUCACACCUCCCUUUUUGUAUUCUAGUUUAAUUAGUUAUUUCAGCAAAUUCUUUCCAUCUUUCUCAAUUUUUGUUAAAAAAUUUAUCCUAACCUAAUUUUAUCUAAUAAUUAACUCAACCAAUCCUUUCCAUCUUUCCCCAUAUUCUAUUAUUCACAUUACCUUAAUUAAUUUAACUUUAUCUUACCCUAAAACACCUUAAAGCUUGAAUCUUAGUUAUCAAAUAUACAUUACUCCUGAUAUCAUUUCUGCUAAAGUCAUAUAGUUUCAUUCCAACAUUUUCCCUAAUAUUCAUUAAUUUUUAGCCAAUUCACCAAAUAGAAAAUUUUCUUUAUAAAUUUUCUUCCAAUCUUCAUCCAACGUCCCUUCUUCCUGGUCUCGGAUCGUGUCAGUCCUUACUGUCCAUUCCAUCUAGUCCAUCAACCUGGAAGCCUUAUGUCCGAGGCCCUUAAGUCUCUUCCAUGUCCCUUCUGCAAUUCUUCUUCUUGUUGUUUAUACUUGCCCUUUUCCUUGUCUUUUGUUGGUCUCUUUCUUAGUUUCUUUCCUUUCUCAUUGAGGCCUCUGGGGGGAUUCCAAGCCAAAAUUGUCUCCAUCUCCCUUCAUCAAACCCGCCCAUUCCCCACAGUCCCACUCCCCACAAUCCUCAAUAUAGUCCAAAAAGUAUUUAAAAACAUAUUCCAAGGUCUCUCCAACGGGAACCUCCUCAACUCCUGACGCCCCCUGGACCACUCCAACUUCGAUCUUCAAUAACAGCGGCUCAUGCUCCUGUAGGGCCUCGGGACUCUCCAUUUGUAUUAUUUGGGGUGCAACCGCAUCCUCCUCCAUUAUCUUCUGCACUUGCCCAGUCAGUACAGAUUCAUGAGUUGAUCCCUGGAUAAUUUCUGUAUCAAUAUUCCCUGUUUGCCCACAGUUAUUAACUGCAACAGUCAAAUCCAUUUUCUCAUUCAUCAAGUCCAUCUUCUCAUGCAUCUGUUCCAGCAGGGCACUUGUCUUGCAUAAGGCAAGCACCCAUUCUUCUUUCCAACUCAUCUUUAGUCAAGGUCAGAAAAGCCUGUUCCCACGGUCUUAAUCUCACAUCUGUUGAGCCCUCAAAUGUACUGCAGCAACAAUUUGACAAGCUCCCUCUAGAAGAGGCAAUUUCUAUUUGUAUCCAUUUUUUUAGGCAAGUCCAACAAAGGAAAAUUACUUUCGUUUUUCAGAUAUUUUUCAGAUAUUUUGUUUCUUUAAGAUGCAAAAGGCAACAUUGGAAUCAGCUUGUUUCUCUUCUUUAGCUAUCUGUCAAAAUAUUCCAUUGACAGUCCAUAAACCUCUCCAACAAUUUCUGUCUCUGACACCCCCUUCCCAGGUUAGAGACGGUGGAAACUUAUCCUUCUUCACUCCCUCUCCUGCUAGGGUUGAACAAAGUUCCCCCCCUUUUCUCCUGCUUCCAAGGGGGUUUCAGUAAUUCUAAAUGAAGAAAAUUUAGACUUUUUGACAGCUUUCCAGGCUUUAGCUUACAAAGUUUUUGCUUUAGUCUAUAUACAAAAAGCGGAAGGCAGACUUCCUGUUUUGAACCUUCCCGCUUUGUUACCAAAUUAAGAAAUUUCUUGAUCCAAUUUUCCGUUUCUACUCACGGGUACUUGUUUUAAAUCCAAUUAUCCACAGGAAAAAGUCAGCGCUCUCCGGCAAUGGCUGUGCGGCUUCACUCUGUGAAAGUAGCAGUCAGUUCGCAGCACCGCGCUUCUCACCCCGCUUCGCUCCGGAGCCCCUAAAUGGGAUUCCCUGCGAGUAGGGGGGGCGUCCUGGUGCCUUGCCGAACCCCACGUUCCCAGGCUUCCUCCGCCUGGGAUUUCUAGCGGGUCCCCACCUUCGCCGCGGUGGGAAGACCCAGUUUCCACGGAGCCCGUUCCUCCGAACGGAGGAACUCCGCCAUUCACCGAUGGCGCUGACCCGGAAGUCUCGAUUUGAUGUUAGUAUUUUAACUAACUGUUCAUUUCUUGUGAGACACUCUAGGGUCCCAGGGGGUCAAAGGAUGUCAGAUAAUCUAAGGAUAAACAUGUUUAUAUUUUUCUGUUCCUACGUGCCAAUUUCACCAAGUACUGAGAUUCAAACUGACAAUGGUAUUUUGCCUUGGUCUAUUUCUCUAUUUCAGUGGAAAUUAAUGCUGUUGCACUGUCCAAUUUGUAUAUAACCUUUUUCCAACCAAUACCUGGUAGCAUUUUAGCCUUGCAACAGGCCUGUAAAUUAAGUUAAUGAGUGGUCCAGAUGCAGAAAUAUAGGAAACUGCCUUUUACCAGGAAAGGCUAUUAAUCUGCUUAGUUCAGUACUACUCUGUGUUCAGUACAUACUACUUAGUUCAGUCCAUACUCUGUACUGUCUACUCUGACUGGUAGAGAUUCUCCAGGGUCUUCAGAAGAGGCUUCUCCCCCUUCUAACUGAGCCUUUAACUGAAGGUGUUGAAGAUUGGACCUGGAAACAUUUACAUACAAAGCAUGUCAUCUGCUACCAAAAUGGGACAUGAAAUCAAGGAUUCCCCAAGAAGGAAAUGUGGCAGUACUUUGUGACAAUUCCCUUCACAUGGACGGGAUAAAUGCAAGCUUGAGUUAUGACAAAAAGGUUAAAUUUCUAGAUACCCUAAAUUAUGUGCUGCAGAAUAGUUGGUUGUGAAACCAACCAGAGGGGAGAAGACCCUUAAUUUUAAGUGGCACCCAGGAUGUGCUGUUGAACUGACUUGGAAAAGUGACCACAGUGCUACUAGUUUUAAUAUAUAUGCAAGUGGGCAUUUACCAAUAAAGUCCAACAUACUCACAUUUGAAUUCAGAAGACAAAGCUUCUCAAAAAUGAAGAGAUUGUUGUCAAGGAAGUUGAAAGAGAAAGUCAAAAGGGUCAAAUCUCUCCAGAAUGCUUCAAGGUUAUUCGAAACCACAAUAACAGCUCAGCUAAAACAAAGAGUGUCUUCUUCUUCUUUGGCGAUAACUCAUAGCCGGGUAAGAUUGUCUUCCAUAAACACGGUUUAACAAUGAGUCCGUAAGUGACUGUGGAGGCUAAUUCUGGAUCCACACGUCCUUCCACAGUGGGAACAUUGGUUUCCAGGUGGGAGCUGAUCGUGGUGAGGGUUUGCCAAGUGUGCCUUCCUCUUAGCAUGUUUCUCCCUUGCGUCCUGAGUUCGAGCAUCUUCAAAGCCUGUGACACCUUUGGUAAAGGCUGUUCUCCAAUUGGAGCGCUCCCAGGCAAGUGUUUCCCAAUUGUUGGUGUUUACACUACAUUUUUUAAAAAAAUUGCCAUGAGACAGUCUUUAAACCUCUUUUGUUGACCACCAGCAUUAUGCUUUCCAUUUUUAAGUUCAGAAUGGAGUAGUUGCUUUGGAAGACACAUCCGCACAACAUGACCAGUCCAAUGAAAUUGAUGUUGAAGAAUCAGCGCUUCAACACUGGUGAUCUUUGCUUCUUCCAGUACACUGGUAUUAGUUCACCUGUACUGUACCACAAAUCAGGAAAGGUACUACCAAGAUUAAGAGAAUGUCAGCAAGGUUAACAAGCGGAGUCAUGUUUAACAAACUAUUAGAGGCAAGAAAGCUAUCUUCAGAAAAUGAAAGUUUUGUCCAAAUGAGAAGAAAAAGAAUACAAACUUUGGUAAAUAUAAUGCAAGCAGACAAGAACGGAUGUGGAAAGCAAGAAAGAAUUUGAGGAACACUUACCUAAAAUAACAUUAAGACCAACAAUUAAAAUCAUUAGAAAGGGAAACCUGCAAAAGGCUGACCUUUGGCCAACAAGGGAGUCAAAGGUGAGCUAAAGGACAAAAAUGAGAUUGUAUAGAAACUGAAUGAAUUAUUUGCCUCUGUCUUUACUGACAAAGUUGAAGAGCAAAUCCCUGUGCCUAACCUAACUUUCUUAGGAAGUGACUAUGAGGAAAUGAGGCAAAUGACAAGGUAUGGAGUUCUAGGCCUUAUUGACAAAUUAAAAAUCAACAAAUCACUGGCUCCAGAUGCCAUCCAUCUGAUAGUUCUUAAAGAACUCAAAUAUAAAAUUUCUGAUAUUCUGACAAAAAUAUGUAACUUGUCCCGAAGAUCAGCCUUCAUUCACGAAGGCCAGAAAGUGGCCAAUGUAACCAAAUUUUGAAAAGGAAUGUAGGGGGGAUCUGAUAAAUUACAGUGUAAUUGGUUUAACAUAUGUUCCAAUAAAACUGCUGGAAAGUGUUAUUAAAGAUAAAAUUAUUAAGCAUGUAGAAGAACAAGUCUUGCUGAAAAACAACGAGCAUGGCUUCCUUAAGGGUAAGACCCAUCAGAUGUUUGGCAGUGUAGUCCUAUGAAGGACCAUAGUUCAGUGGUCAACAAUCUCCUUUGCAUGCAGAAGGUCCCAGGUUCUAUCCCCAUCAUCUCCAGGUACUGCUGAGAAAGACUCCUGCCAGAACCCAGGAGAGACACUGCCAGUUGAUGUAGGCAAUUGUGUGCUGGAUGAACCGGUGGUCUAAAAUAUAAGGCACCUCCCUAUGCUCCAAUACAUUUUUGUUGUUGUUGUUGUUGUUUAGUCGUGUCCGACUCUUCGUGUCCCCAUGGACCAGAGCACACCAGGCACUCCUGUCUUCCACUGCCUCCCGCAGUUUUGUCAAACUCAUGCUGGUAGCUUUGAGAACACUGUCCAACCAUCUUUUCCUCUGUCGUCCCCUUCUCCUUGUGCCCUCCAUCUUUCCCAACAUCAGGGUCUUUUCCAGGGAGUCUUCUCUUCUCAUGAGGUGGCCAAAGUAUUGGAGCCUCAGCUUCAGGAUCUGUCCUUCCAGUGAGCUGAUUUCCUUAAGAAUGGAUAGGUUUGAUCUUCUUGCAGUCCAUGGGACUCUCAAGAGUCUCCUCCAGCACCAUAAUUCAAAAGCAUCAAUUCUUCGGCGAUCAGCCUUCUUUAUGGUCCAGCUCUCACUUCCAUACAUCACUACUGGGAAAACCAUAGCUUUUACUAUACGGAGCUUUGUUGGCAAGGUUAUGCAGAGGUAAGUCAGUGAGCCAUACUCCCUACUGUGUGUACUCAAGGUUACAGCCCACGAGCCUUUGGGAAGAACUAAAUGUUAUUAAAGCAACAAGAACAGAAAAUAGAAUGUCUCACAUGACUUAGACUAUGUCCUGCCACCUUCAAGUUAUGGACUUCCCAGCACCAGCAAUUGCAGCCCAAAGCACCAUUGUGAGUGCAAGAAAACACAAAAGAGAAGUGAUGUCAAGAUUUAGGAUAACAAAAUAUGCUAUUGUCUUUUCUGAUGGCUCUGAAACAUCUUUCUUUUACACAAGCCUUUUAAGCAGAGAUUUUUAUACCAAUCUGUGCCUGUAUUGGAUGUGAAAUUGUUUUUAUAUAAGAAAUUGCUUUGUACUUGUUUGUUACAGUUGAAGCUUUUGUUGUUAAAUCACUACAAGGUGUUUCAUAGGAAGCAAUUCAUUUUUUAAAAAAAAUGUUACAUGUUAUUGGGAGAAGGUGGUUUCUGGCACCAUUGACCGCUGUCCUUUCUCACAGCACAAAAAGAAUUAGCUAGUUUUGAAUGCUGAGAUAAAAGGGUUCAGGAAACAACUGGUGAACUCAAGCUUAGCUGUCAAUAUUUAAGCUUAAUAUUUGCAAACUGCUAACAUUUUUUGAAAGAUAAAUGUUGCACUCCAGCUAUGCCAGCCUCUGAAUUCCUUGUUGCCUUUCCUUUUCACCUAAUCUUUCAUAAUUGUUACUGGUUUCCAGGAUCAUAUUCCCUACCGGCAACCUGACCCCUCUGCUUAUGGGUGACAUUCACCAUAUUGAUUCAGCUUGGUCUCAUCAAGCAGCAAUUUGUACUAAUGGGAUAACACUUGGUGACAGCACGCAACAGCAAGCAUUUGGAGCAAAAUAUCCUUUUCUUUUGGCCCAUUUCUGCAACAGUUGUUAACUCGUUAAUCACCAUUUCCUUAAAAACACAUUUCCCUGCAUAGCAAAAUAUUCUGUGGACAUUUAGGAGCCAAUUCAUAUCCUCUCUUUUUUUAUCCCCCAGCCCAGAAGUCAACACAAAAAAUUAAAAAUAAAUAAAUCUGAAUAUAAGUAUAUCUAUGAAUCUCCAAGUGGCAUACAAAAAUAUAGUAUAAACACAAUAGAAGAGUCUCAUAAAACAGAUUCAUAUAUAAAAAACCCUACACUAUAGUUCAAUUAGCGCUGCGUAAUUUAUAGACACUUUUAGCAUGCUGCCAUUUUUUUUUCCUUUUUUGAUAGGUACCCAAUAAAUAAAUGCCCAGGAGAGGAAAAAAUGAUACCCUCCCACUGCACUCCCAGCACUAGCUUCCUAAAUACAGCUAGGAAAUUAAAGCAGCCAUAGACAAGUAGAGCAAAAUGGCUGCUAUAACUUACAUGUAAGAAAAAGAUAAUGACAAGGAUGGCUUGGUGGGCAACAAGGCAUAUUUAAAAUUGUAGGAGAUUUGAUCAAAUUCAAUGAGAGAAACUCUUCUGACUGAUGAGGAGGCUGGAGAAACAAGAAUUUUUUGUUAAAGGAAAUUAUGACUGAAAGAGCUAUUUCAGUCAAAGAGUAAUAAGCAUGAGGAAUAAAUUAUUACUAGAUGAAAUCAAUAAAGCAAGUAGUAGAAAUAAAUUUAAAAGCCAACUAGUUACCCUUUUGCGAAGAGAAAGAAAUAGCAUGUGUUUCACAUUCAUAGAUCUGAAGAAUCUUCAGAGGCAUCCAGACUUUUAUAUGACCUCUCGACCUCUGUUCCUUCGCCAGUGUGUCAGCACUAAUAUGUUCAGUGCCUCGGUGUCCUUCACUAUACAACCCUGAUGGAAAAUUCCACAGGAAGCAUGAAGCAUAUAAACAAUGUUCAAGAAAAACAUGGAAAACUAGGGAAAAGGUAAAGUAUAAGGACAAUAAAGGAUCCUUUAUGACAGCCUUCUCUAUCUGAAGUCAUCUGGGUGUUGCUUGACUCAAACUCUGCAAAAGUCACAACUUUACCUGCCACACACUUAAAAUCACAUAUGGCAGGUGACUGUGGUUUGGCACAAACUGUCUCAUGGGGCUGAAGGUCGCCCACCAAUGAUUUCAUGUUUUGAGAUUGAGGCAUGGCAAACUUUGGUGCUUCCCCAACUUCUUAUCCACAUCUACAGUAAGAGAAGGAGAUUGAUCUCUAAAUAAUUUAUUUAGAGAUGAAGAAGUUUACAAAAAGGCCCAAAAAACUUUGAGAGAUUACUUUGAAAUAAAUAUGAAUACCAACGUAGAAAAAAGAGUAAUCUGGGACGCAAGUAAAGCUGUUAUGAGAGGGUUUCUGAUACAACAGAAUGCAAUAAAGAAGAGAAGUCAAAACGAGAAGAAAGAUAAAAUUUUGGAGAAAAUAAAAGAAGGGGAGAAGAAAUUGAGAGCAAAACCAAAGUCCCAGGAGAUUUUGAGAGAAAUAAAAUUGUAUCAAGUACAAUAUAUGGAAAUGAUGAAUCAGGAAAUAGAAUGGAAAAUUAAACAAAUGAGACAAAAACAUUUGAAUCAGCUAACAAAUGUGGGAAAUUGUUGGCCUGGCAAAUGAAAAAAAGACAAAAAUUAAAUACCAUUACAAACUUAGAAGUGGAAGGAAAGAGUAUACAUAACCCAAUUGAGAUUAGAAAUUGCUUCCAGAGUUACUUUAAACAAUUAUACACACAAGGGCCACAGAAAGAAAUGGACAUAGACCAAUUUUUGAAGACAAAUGGACUACAAAAAAUCUCUCAAGAAAGUAAAUUAAUGUUGAACUAUAAAAUAUCUGAACAGGAAGUAGAAGGUGCCAUACAAAAUAUGCAAUUGGGCAAAUCUCCAGGACCGGAUGGGCUGACUUCUAGAUACUACAGAUCUUUGAAAGAGUGGUUAUUGCAACCUUUGAAGGAAGUCUGCAAUGAAAUAUUGGAAGGGAAAAGGGCGCCAGAGUCGUGGAAAGAGGCAUAUAUUACACUUAUACCGAAAACAGAGACUGAAAAGACCCAGCUUAAAAACUACCGCCCUAUAUCGUUACUUAAUGUGGAUUACAAAUUUUUUGCAGAUAUUUUGGCCAAGAGAUUGAAAAAAGUAUUGAUGGAAGAGAUCCAUAAAGAUCAAGUGGGCUUUCUCCCGGGAAGACACUUGUCUGAUAAUUUGAGGAAUAUAAUUGAUAUCUUGGAAAAAUUAGAAGUGAAUAUAAAUACUAAAGCAGUUUUGAUAUUUGUGGACGCGGAGAAAGCUUUUGACAAUAUCUCUUGGAGCUUUAUGAAGAAGAACCUACAUGGGAUGGGGGUAGGCCAAGGUUUUGAAAACGGUAUAGGUGCAAUAUAUUCUGAACAAAAGGCCAAAUUAAUUGUAAAUAAUGUGGUUACGGAAGAAUUUAAGAUAGAAAAAGGGACACGACAGGGGUGCCCAAUCUCCCCACUGCUUUUUAUAUCGGUCCUGGAGGUUCUGCUGAAUAUGAUUAGAAGGGACCGGUUGGUUAAAGGCAUACAGGUCGGAGCCAAACAGUACAAACUGAGAGCAUUUGCAGAUGACUUAGUAUUGACGUUACAGGAGCCAGAAUCUAGUACUAAAAGGGUUUUAGAACUAAUUCAAGAAUUUGGUCAAGUGGCAGGAUUUAAACUGAACAAGUUAAAAACUAAGGUUUUAGAGAAAAAUUUAACACUGAUUGAAAGAGAGAGGUUUCAGAAUGAGACAGGUUUGACUGUGGUUAAGAAAGUGAAAUACCUGGGGAUUAAUAUGACAGCCAAAAAUGGGAACUUAUUUAAAGAUAAUUAUGAAAAAUGUUGGACGGAAGUGAAAAAGAUUUAGAAAUUUGGUCAAAUUUGAAGCUUUCACUGUUGGGUCGUAUUGCUGUGAUAAAAAUGAAUGUAUUGCCUAGAAUGCUGUUUCUGUUUCAAACAUUGCAAAUUGUGGACAAGAUGGAUUGUUUCAAGAAGUGGCAGAGAGAUAUUUCUAGAUUUGUCUGGCAGGGCAAGAAGCCCAGAAUAAAAUUUAAGAUAUUAACUGAUGCGAAGGAAAGGGGUGGAUUUGCCCUGCCAGACUUUAAACUUUACUAUGAAUCAGCAGCUUUUUGCUGGUUGAAAGAAUGGCUACUUCUUGAAAACACAGACAUUUUGGACUUAGAAGGUUUUAACAAUGUAUUUGGAUGGCAUGCAUAUUUAUGGUAUAAUAAGGUCAAAGCACACAAAGCAUUCAAAAAUCAUAUUGUCAGGAAAGCAUUGUUUAAUGUCUGGAUAAGAUAUAAAGAUUUACUGGAAAAUAAAACCCCAAGGUGGCUGUCACCAAUGGAAGCAAAAGCUCUGAAAAGGCUCAAUAUGGAGGCCAAAUGGCCGACAUAUUGGGAAAUUUUGGAACAAGAAGGAGAUAAGUUGAGAUUGCAGAGUUUCGAAAAACUAAAAAACAAAGUGAGAGAUUGGCUUCAUUACUAUCAGAUAAUGGAGGCAUAUAAUUUGGAUAAGAAAAUUGGCUUCCAGGUGGAAAAGUCAAAAUUAGAAACAGAACUGCUAGAACCCAAAACUAAGAAUCUGUCAAGAAUGUAUAACUUGCUGUUGAAAUUGAAUACUCAGGAUGAAACGGUGAAAUCUGCUAUGAUUAAAUGGGCACAAGAUGUUGGACAUAAUAUUAUGUUUGCUGACUGGGAACAGUUAUGGACCACAGGUAUGAAGUUCACGGCAUGUAAUGCCUUAAGAGAGAAUAUUAUGAAAAUGCUAUACAGGUGGUACAUGACCCCAGUCAAGCUUGCAAAAAUCUAUCAUUUGCCCGAUAAUAAAUGCUGGAAAUGUAAAGAAACUGAAGGUACAUUCUUUCACCUUUGGUGGACGUGCCCAAAGAUUAAGACUUUCUGGGAAAUGAUAUAUAAUGAACUGAAAAAGGUAUUUAAAUAUACCUUCUUGAAGAAACCAGAGGCCUUCCUCCUGGGCAUUGUUGGCCAAUUGGUGCCAAAGAAGGACAGAACUUUUUUUAUGUAUGCUACAACAGCAGCAAGAAUACUCAUUGCAAAGUAUUGGAAGACACAAGAUCUACCCACUCUGGAAGAAUGGCAGACAUGGAAUUGGCAGAAAUGACUGGCAGAAUCCGAGACCAGGGAGAAGAGUCGGUGAAAGAAGACUGGAAGAAAUUUAAAGACUACUUACAGAAAUAUUGUAAAAUUAAUGAAUCUUAGAAGGAUGUUGGAUAGAAACUAAGUGGUUUCCAGCUGUAGUGGUAUAAAAGAAUACGGAAAAAGGUUUACAAAUGGGUAAAAGCUUAAUGGUAAGGAUUUGCUGAACUAACAAACUGAACUGGAAUACAAAAAAGGGAGGUAUGAGGAGGUCCGGGGAAAUAAGGGUAAGGAAGAUAUGCUAUGGAAAGUUAACGUGUUUUUAACUGUUUUUAUCUUGUAUGUUUUUCUUUAUUUUUCUUUUUUUUGUUAUAUUUUAAAAUUUUAUUCUUUUUCCUGUAUUUUGUAUUUUCUUGUAUUUUUAUUUUUUUGUUUUUGUAUUCUUUGAAACUUUAAUAAAUAUCAUUUAAAAAAAAAAGAGAAGGAGAUUGAAAACUUACGCUACUAGUUUUGAAUCCAUCAUUGUUUCCUGUUGCAUCCAGAUUUGUGUUUAGUUCAAACUAGCCAGAGUCAAACCAUGGUUUCGAAUUCUGGUUUGUUAACUAACUACAGUCAAAUAAUCUACAGUUUCCCAAGUUUGAAUGUAACAGGAAACUGUGGUUUAUUCAAAAUGAAAAAGCGCACGCUAUUGAACUCAUCCCAAUCUGCAGAAAGGAGAAGACAUGUGACCAAGGCUCAUUGCAGCUGAUUCUCAUUAUCCUGAACCAUAGUUUAACACUAUGCCUCAGCAGGGCUGUUGUCACUUAAAACUAGUGAAAUUCCUUGAAAAGUUAUCUCCAUGUUUUGCUGAAUGAACAAAGAACACACAUGAGGUUAUCUGCUCAAUAUGUAAACUGCUGGCUAGGCCCUUGGGGUCUGUCAGGAAUCCAGUCACAAAAAUUGUUCGUUCACACAAGCCUCUCUCUUGUGUAUUCAGAGCCCAGGAGCGUCUUGGGGGAGUCAGCCUGUGCCCAUUAAAGGCACACAGAAGGCAGCCUUAAGGCUAAACAAUGUGUGAGAUAUCCCUGUGUGUGAACUUCUGUAAUCUGUGAGAAAAAUGGCAAGAAAGAAAGAACAGAGUCUGCUUUUGGCCACAUGGGGACAUUCCAAAUGGCACAGCUGUGCGAAAACAAACCCGCGAUUCCAGCCUGAGGGCAGAGGACAUUAAAUGCUGCUCCUCAGAAUAUUUUUCUUCUACUUUAGCUGGCUUGUCUGAAAUACUUUCUUCUUUUUCUUUUUUUACUGAGUCUGGUUACAGGCUUUAAAAAAAAAAUAAGAAAGCAUGGAGGAGGAGAAGAAAAUAUAUACUCAAUAUUUUUUUAAAAAAUAAAAAAAUUAAGGCUUUGAACAGUAGGUGAGGGUUUGUUUCUCAAACAAGUGCAGACUUGGGCCACCCAGGUCUCCUGAAAAGGGAGCCAGGAAACAGAUGCUUUCUAAGAGAGAGAGGGGGAAUGUUUAAGUCUGAAAAGAAGUCACCGUUCAGGGAAAGUUAAACAUUAGAGGGUUGAAUUAGAACAGGAGACCUAAAACACAGAAUGGCUGGCAUCUCAGUCAGCUUCCAAAUGACAUCAGCAAGUGUGGAAUUGGGGGGGGGGGACACCAAAAUAAUUAUUUCCAUAGGUCUCAUCCGCACUAUACAUUUAAAGCGCUAUGAGGCCACUUUAACAGUCAUGGCUUCCCUCAAAGAAUUCUGGGAACUGUAGGGUGCUGAGAGUUGUAAGGAGAGCUGUUAGAAGCCCAAGCUGGCUCGCAUGGGAACACAGCAUCGAAAGAUGUGUGUCCCGAUUUAAUCAGCAGAAUGUUGGAGGGCAUGGUGUUAUCAAUGUUCAAGGACAUGUUGCAGUCAUUCAAAGACAGUUGGGGUGCAAGUAGUCUGGGGAGAGAUGGUGCAGCCUGCAAAGGGUUCCAAGGGCAAGACAGAGAGUCCUAGAAGGCUUCAUUACGCCCCGGGGCCUGAGGUUCCCCACCUCUGUCUUGGUGAAAAAGGCAAGUGCUUAUGGUAUGUGUUUAUAAUCUCAGGAUCCCUGUGCUACCCUCUUUUUUGUCCUCUAGGAGAUCAGAAUUAGUCUAGGCUGUUAUUUUCAUUUAUUGGAAGGCAAUGGCACCAGCUAAUGAGCCAAUUGAUAUUUGCACCGAAUUAUACAUCUCAAGUGUCUCUGAUUGUAAGGAAUGUCAUUGACUUAUAUUAGAAUUUUUAAACUCGUCCUCCAUCCCUGUAUGAAAUGCUCCCCAAUUUUCAUGCUGACCCCGCCCCCAAGCCCCACUGUUUCUCAGGAGUGAAAGUCCUUGUCUCACAUGGAGUAGAUUGAGGGGGCUAGAACUGUAUCAGCCAUAUCAAGUGUUCCACACUUAGGGCUCUCUUCAGGAACUUGUUUUUUAACUUUCCUUUUAGUCUAGGUGGUAGAUUUGUCAGAUAAGUACAUCUUGAAAUCAGUUAAGAUGGUUUCCCCAACAGUGAACUAGUUUUACUUUAUUGUCAAGUAAAUGUCAAGUGAUAGUAAUCCAAACAUUAUCAUUACUUAUUUUAAUCAGUUAAAGGAAAGCAGCUAAUCAAUUAAGGGCAUCUUUGAAUAACUUCACAUCCCUAAAACACAUCCAAAAUGUCAUCUGUAAUGAUAAACUAUGGCAUUUAUUUUAAUUGGUUUAAUUAAUCACUUAAAAUCACGAUAGUCAACUGAUUAAAAAAAAAUAAUCAGACGACAAUCUUUAAAAUGUUUAUUUCAAAUGUUAUCAAUCAUUGAUGUCUCUUCCGAUAGGCGAGAUACUUCAGAACAGAAAAUACUGACGUGAGUAUAUGCAUGUCUGCAUAUUGAGUCCGAUGGUGCUUACUCCUAGGUAAGUGUGUAUAGGAUUGCAGCCUGCAUUUGUUUGCUCCACUGUGCAAUUUUCAGUGACACCAAUGUGGAAUCUUGAAAUACUGUGUGUUUGUAUCUGUCAUGUUUAUUUCCCAGAAAAGACUUCUGAGCAUUUACACUAAAGACUUCCUCUUUUUUCCAUUUACAGCUGUUGUGUGUUUCCUGAGCAAGAGUUUCAUGAUGACUAGUGUCCUAGGCUCCAGUCUGCAAAUGUUUCCAGUGGUUGCUGGCUAGCACAGCCUGGUCUGUAAGGCAAACUGUGUGCUGGCAAGCCUGCAGGCAUAUGCGUUGUGUAAUGAGUCCCAUGUUAUAAUGGAUCUAGUGUUAGAGAAAAUUAUGGGUGGCACCCACUGAGAACAUUUCCUAUGCAAGUUCCAUUGGAAAGACCAGGAGCUGUACAAGAGUUCACAUUCAUUUCCAAAUUCAUUGUGACUUGCGCAGGAAGACAUUUCCUAGCGGUCUGUGCCUUAACUUCACACAGAUGAGGUGUUGCUGCUGUUCUUGAUUUUGGCAAUAGCAAAUGGCCACCUUCCAAUUUGCAAGAGGUGUAGGACAUCCAACUCUAGCUGCUGUCUUAGUCAAUGCACCUUCAUAACAUAUCUUUAGGUGCCGGGCAAAAACAUUCCUCUUCUCCCAGGUCUUUGGCUAAUUAAACAAUCUAGGGCCUUUUAAACUGGGGCUGGUGGAUUUUGUUUGAGAUAUAUUUUUAUGUAUUUAUAUUGCAAACUGUCCUGUGAUCCUGAGAUGAAGGGCAGUAUAGCAGCAGCAACAACAACAACGGUUUUCAUAUCCUUCAAUGGAAAAGUGCACUUUGGUGGCCACUGUAAUUUAGUAACUUUUGAGGACUGUGAACUUUAAAUGCUUGCAUCUGCAACCAGCAGAUUAAGAAAUGCCCUGCUAGAUGCCUAACAUUUCAUUCCCUCACAUCUGUGGUAGGUUAAAUUUAGACAAAUCGCUAAACAUUUCAGUGUUUAUCCAAACUGAAACUCCACGCUUUUGAGGUUCCCUCAUCAAUGGCUAAAUAAGAUUUGCCUGACUUCAUUUAGAAUAAAUACAGAACCUAAACACAAAGCCCAGGGGAGUUUUUGAUGCAUAGCCUGCCUAACCUCAGGCUGGUGGAGUUGGGAUUUUUCAUAAAUGAAAGUGGGCAACUAAGUCAAACAAAACUUAAAAAUAAAGUGUUUUCUUUUUAAUCUUCCAGAGCCUCUUUGAGAAAAACGGAUUGUCCUUUCAUUUAGCAUCUCCUCCCCCAUCGUUCAGUCUUCCUCUGAGUGGCUUCUGCUGGUUCCCUCACUGUGAGAAGCGAAGUUACAGGGAAACAGGCAGAAGGCCUUCUCAGUAGUGGCACUCUCCCUGUGGAACGCCCUCCCUUCAGAUGUCAAGGAAAGAAACAACUAACUGACUUUUAGUAGACAUCUGAAGGCAGCCCUGUUUAGGGAAGUUUUUUAAUGUUUGAUGUUUUAUCAUGUUUUUACUAUUCUGCUGGGAGCUGCCCAGAGUGGUUGGGAAACCUCAUCCAGAAUGGUGGGGUAUAAAUAAUAAAAUUGUUUGGAGGUUCUAGCAGGAGAGCGCAGCUAUCGUAUACCCUUGACCGAAGAACGGUACACGCCUUCUAUCUAGGAUGGUCGUCCUCUUCCACCGAGCGCGCAGCUUCAGGAGGGACGCACAUGGAGCGGUGAGGAAGGAAGGGGACACCCGCCUAGCCAGCCAGAUCAGCCGAAUCAACCCUGGCGAUCAAUGGGGUGACAGAUGCUGCAGCCAGAUCGCCCUCACAACUAAAGAAUCAUGGCAAGAAAAAUUGAUGGACUAUGCAGAACUGGCAAAACUGACAUACAAGCUAUGGGACAAGGAUAACUGUGACUUUAAAGAUGAAUGGGAACCCUUUACAAAGUAUUUGAAGACGCAACAAAGCGAACUGGACUCCUUGGCUGGUUUUGAAUAAACAUUCACAAACUUUUUAUUGAUAAUAAUCAGCUAAAUGGUUUGAGGAUCUAUACAACUGUGUAACAUGCAGAAAACAGCAUUUUUAGAGAAAUCAAAGACUGGAACUGAGGGAAGUUGGGGGGGUGGGGGUGGGGGGGUUCUGUGGGGGAAGGGAGGGGGAGGGAAGGAAAAUGGGGGGGAAUAAGGAUGAUAUAUUGCUGGAUAAUAUGUUUUGUUUUAAUUCUGAAUAAAAAGUUAUUAAAAAGAAAUAAAUAAUAAUAAUAAAAUUGUUCUUUUGUUGUAUCUGGAUUUAAAUAUUAAUGUAAGAAUGUGAUUUAAAAGUAUGGUGUGACAGUGUUUUCAGUCUCUCAGUUUCAGCCAGUAACCAGUCUUCACCAUGAGGCAAGGGUGGAUUGCCUCCAGUUUGGGGUCCUGAGCCAGUCACUGACAUAACAUGAGAGCAGUUGCCCCAGUGCAAGUAUUUAAGAGAUCGCUCUGUGACACAGAUAAAGACUUGUUGCUGUUUUGUCGCAGCAAUAAAUGUCAGCUGACGAAUGGGUGUUAGUUUCAAGUGCAUAGUAGUGAAUAUGAUGAUGCUUCCCAUUCUAUCGUAACUAUUAUUACAAGGGGCACUUAAUCAGGCUUCUUGGAAAGAAAGACUGCUCUCAUUCCUUUUCUGGGUGGUAUCUUGGGAGAAAUGUGUUCUUUGAAGCCUCCUACGCGUAUCGCCAAUAUUGCUUCCAGAUGAAAUAAGGAUCUGAGAGAAAACUAGGGAAAGGGGCUUUGGUUCAUUUCUUGGACCAGUGAGUCCUCUUCCUUCCGGGGCUUUUAAGGAAGUAGUUCUAUUUAUUCCCUAGAUUUUACAGCCAAACCAUAUUUGAAUACUUCAGUCAGAAAUUCUUGAACAGAACCAAAAGGACAGGUUAGAAAUCUAGGCUGACUUAGUGAUGCUUCACUGCAACUGAGCAUGAAUCACGUGAUCCUGCACAUAUUUACUUGGAACUAAGUCUUCAGAGGGCUUAAUCCCAAGUAAACUGUGCAUUACAUAUGGCCUCUAAUCCAUAUCAACCUUCAACAAAGCCUUAGCGUAAACAAGGUUUUAGGUCUGCAGUGUAGUCAGGCACGCACAGUGAAUUAAUACCCUUAAGCACAACUGAGUCUCCAGACUCCCACUUCUCUCUCUUCUUCCCUCAGACUACAAGAAAAUAAUGCCAGCUUUUGUUAAGAGCCCUGCCAGAGAGCUGUAUAGAUCCCUGUUAAUAAGCCAGUUAAGUUACCUGAUUUCCAUAUCUAAGGUUCAACAGGCAGUACAAAUUCUAUGAACUAAGGAGGGGUGUAGUCAGGGAAGGGGGUAUGACCUAAGGAGGGCCUGAUAGAAAGGUAUGGAGGGCCAUAUGCAAUCCCUAGUCCAUGAGGGCAACCCAGAGGACUCAGGAAAAAAACAGUUUGUAAAUAAGGCCUUGACACAUUAGGAGUUCGUUAAUCCUCUUCACACAUCCCUCAAAUGUGUUGGAAAAAUAUCAUGGAAACUUGUAGAGUGGUCUUACUGUCGUCAAACUAACUUUGGCAAAGCAACCUAGUCCUCCCAGAGGAAGGCCACAAUAAACUCCAGUGCAGCUGAGAAGAAAUUAUUAAAAGCAGCAACCGAGAUGUUUGUUUAUUUUGAACUUUUUUGCCUCACCAGCCCUGCAAACAGGGAGUGCUUUGACUGCUUUCCACCUCUGACGGUUCCUGUUCCACACAUGUCCCCACAUUUACUUAAAAACAAAACAAGUGGAAAUGGCCAUAAAACUCACCCGUCCAUAAAGCUCCUCUUUUCCCACUGCCAGUUCUUUGCCUUCCACAUUGGACUGGGUGGAGAUAAAUAAGCCAGUGUUAUAAUGAUCACCUUAUAUUUAACAAGGUGAAGGUGACCUUGAGGGAUCCAGGAUUAUUGCAGUUUCUGGUCAGCACCUUUCAUGAGUUUAGGUUUCUGACAUUCCCAGUGCGUUUUCCCCCAUCUCAAAUAAGCUGUAUUUGUAUAUAGAGCUAGUAGUAACAGCAAACAUACAGUAGUCAUUUUGACUGUGCAAGGAAACACGUAUCUAGCUGGCACUUGCUUUGUACAAACCCUUAGGCUGUGUAUACAAGCAAAGUUACAGCGCAAAUAUUUGUUGGGAUCCUAGCUUUCAUUGCAUAAACACUCUUGAUUUGCAAACCUUCCUUGAAAGGCUAGUCCAAAAUAUUUUAAGAGAGCAUACAAAGUUCUGACAUACUGAAAAACUCUAUACCGAUGGAAGCAUCCAUAAUAAGUGUAGAAAACUGAAUUCUGUUUAAGUAGCAUUAGCAUUAGGACGUGGGUGGCGCUGUGGGUUAAACCGCAGAGCCUAGGGCUUGCUGAUCAGAAGGUCAGCGGUUCGAAUCCCCGCAAUGGGGUGACCUCCCUUUGCUCGGUCCCUGCUCCUGCCAACCUAGCAGUUCAAAAGCACGUCAAAGUGUAAGUAGAUAAAUAGGUACCGCUCUGGCAGGAAGGUAAACGGCAUUUCCGUGCACUGCUCUGGUUUGCCAGAAGUGGCUUAGUCAUGCUGGCCACUUGACCCGGAAGCUGUACGCCGGCUCCCUCGGCCAAUAAAGCAAGAUGAGCGCCGCAACCCCAGAGUCGGUCACGCCUGGACCUAAUGGUCAGGGGUCCCUUUACCUUUACCUUUAACAUUAGGGGAGGGAUGUGGUAUUUGGGGAAAUUUGCCAGGAAAUGGCAAUGCUUACAUGAUGGAGACUAAUGAUCCUCUGUGAUGGAACUGUACACCCAAGGCACAAUUUAUGGGACCCUGGAAGUGGCCUGAAUUCCAUAGUUGCUCUUCAGCAUUUCACAGAUGGACUCAGAGAUGCUUCUUCUCUGCACAAGCACCUUGAAUGGGCCAAGGUGGAUCCCAGCAGCCCAGAUGCAUGGCAUGGAAGAAAAUGGACGUUCAUGGAGUGACAUCAACAUAAAACGCAUCAUAUAUCUACAGGACCACAGCUCAACUGAACAGCAAAUACUUUGCAUGAAGUGCGUUGAAAGUUCAAUCCCUGACAUUCCCAAGUGACAGGAGCGAGCCAGCAGUAAAUCACACUGAGCAAGUUGGUGUUAACUCUUUAUUAGCAAAAACAGGGUCUUCACAGAAGAGUCAGGUCUAAUGAGCACAGCAAUUCCACUCAUCGUCAUCCCAGCACCACUCCCCAGACUCUGGGCCUUCUUCCCUUGGAGGUUCCCAAGCUGGUUCCUCCAACCAUUCCUCUGUGUCCAAUCAGUCCCUGAUACCGACUGCAAAAGUCGCUUGACUGAAACCCUGGAGAACUGCUGCCAGUCAGUGUGGAAAUAUUGAGCUAGAUGGACUAGUUGGGCUUGCUAUGAAGCAGUUUCCUAAAUGGCCCCAAAAACUGGAAUCAGGAGCUAAAAAAAUUAGAGCAUAUAAUUCAGAUGAUAAACUAUACAAGCCAAGACACCAGACUUGGCAUAAGCACCUGGCCUGGCCAGGCAAAUGCCAGGGCUCAUGAGCCCCAGGACAGCCUAUUGGGGUUGAUACAAGCCACUUACAUAAUUUAUUUUCUUUAUUCAUUUCCCAGAAUGCACCUGGGUUUCAUGAGGGCCCAGAAAAACUCUCGUGGUGGUGGUGGUGGGAAUUCAUUGGUGGCUCUUUCUGAAAGAGAAAACAUUUAUCAAAAAGACAUAUCUAUUUUCCCAUAUUGGGUCUUGACAAUAAGUUAUUGGCUUGUCUCCAACCAAGUUUUACUCAGAGUAAACCUAUUGAAAUUAAUGGAACUAAGGUAAUCAUGUUAAUUAAUUUAAAUGGAUCUAUUAUUGAGUACAACUAGCAUUGGCUACAACCUAUUAACAUAAUCUGAACCUGAAGAUGAUAAAAUACAACAUACCAUCCUCAAGCCUUCAUUUCUGUUUUCUCUAAUCUGUCUAAGUGAAAUAUUGUCUUUUCAUUAUAUAGACUUUAUAUCCAGAAGACAUUAAUCCAGAAUUUAACCUGAGCUACCAGAUACACAUAUGGUGCAGUCCUUAUCUGUAUGCAUCACAAAUAGAUAUCACGUGGCUGUGAAUAAAUCAGUUUCAUUUGUUUAUUUUUAUCUAUUUAUUUAAUUCCAUUUAUGAAUCGCUUCUCAAAAUGUAUCUCUCAAAGUGAUUUAAAAACAGAAGCGUCAACAAUAAAAACAAUUUCAUAUAUAAGAACAAUUUCAAAUCUAAUAUACAGGCACAGACAUUUUAGCAUAUUGUAUGUGAGCUGCCAAGGAAGAAGGUUAAAGCUAUUUUGAUAACAAUUCUUUUAUCAUGCAUUGUGCUACUAAACUUUCUGCCACAUAGUUCACUAUAUCAGUUCAUUCCCAUGUGGUUUCAUUCCCUGCUAUGUGUUUUUAUACCUACAUCUUGCCCCACCCCUAAGAACUGUUUUAGUUUCCACAAUAUUGUGGUGGGGUUGGGGAAUUUGUUCCAGUAUUCUAAUAAUAUUGUAAAGCUGCUAGCUACAACGUGAUUUUAUGCACUGCUGUCUCUAUUCUUUCCUCACUUGAGAAAUCUGGCUGAGUUUACAGACCGUUGCAAGAAAUCCUGGCAACAGAACCAUCCUCUAACUUACAGCUUGAUGUCAUUACAGCAUUGUAGGUAGGCAGAAUUUUGACAUUUCAGGAAGAUCCUUGUUUAUGUGCUGGCUCUGGCAGCCGUUAGAAAGAGAAUAGUGCCUGUGGUGAUAAUCCUCAAAAUGUAGUCCUCCCUUCUUCAAUUUCUUUUGCUAGGGAAGUUCCCCAACCCACCCACCCCCGCACGGUUUUCAGUAACGAAAACUACUCUUACAGAGAAAGAGAGAAAGCCCAUUUCCCCAGUUCCAGAAAACGAAGAAAGAUCCUAAAAGCCAUGACAUUGGUAGGAGAUCUCAGAAAUACCUCAGGGCAUCAUGGGAAUUGUGGUUUUCAAAAGUGGGUUGCUAGUGGGACAGAGCCACUACAUCAGCUUCUCAGCAGGUGGAUUUGCUGCUGCUUGCCAACAAAGGCCCGUAUAGUUAAAGCUAUGGUUUUCCCAGUAGUGAUGUAUGGAAGUGAGAGCUGGACCAUAAAGAAGGCUGAUCGCCGAAGAAUUGAUGCUUUUGAAUUAUGGUGCUGGAGGAGACUCUUGAGUGUCCCAUGGACUGCAAGAAGAUCAAACCUCUCCAUUCUUAAGGAAAUCAGCUCUGAGUGCUCACUGGAAGGGCAGAUCCUGAAGCUGAGGCUCCAAUACUUUGGCCACCUCAUGAGAAGAGAAGACUCCCUGGAAAAGACCCUGGUGUUGGGAAAGAUGGAGGGCACAAGGAGAAGGGGACGGCAGAGGACGAGAUGGUUGGACAGUGUUCUCAAAGCUACAAACAUGAGUUUGACCAAACUGCGAGAAGCAGUGGAAGACAGGAGUGCCUGGCGUGCUCUGGUCCAUGGGGUCACGAAGAGUCGGACACGACUAAACGACUAAACAACAACAAAGAGUGGAAGGGUGAGGUGUUGGGAAGGGUGGCACGACACCAAUGCACUGGCAGAGCCAAUCUGGUGCCAACUUCCCCUUCUGGUAGGCAACAGCAACUCACCAUCCAAGAAGCAAGCAUAGCAUCUCCGCAAGGCAAGCUGCUUUUGGUCGCUUAUUUAGAUAGCUGUUGGGGCUAUACUCCAAAGGGCAUUCAGAUAUCCUUAGGGUGCAUUUUAAUUUGUGAUACGCAGUGCUAAGCCCUCAUGACAAACGCUCGCCCAGACGCUCCCUACUGUUAUUGUGCAAUAAAGCCGUAGCGUGAAUUAGAAUUGCUCACUCUAGCAGAAGAAAUAAAAGUCUUCUAAUCUGUGCGCUCCCAUUCAUUUAAAAUAUAUGCAUAUUUAAAACUAUCGCGGAGCCCAGCGAUUGCGUGUGGAGGGGGUAGGAGGGGGCAGCAGAGGAGAAGACAGCAACUCAGUUUGUCAGGUUAGAUGACAACCGAAGUGUGAAAUUUUAUCUAUAUAUAAUUUGCUCUUUCUGUAGGAAUAAACCUUAGGCUGGAAUCCAGCGUGCUUGCUUGGAAAUAAGCAGUUGGACCGCAAAGGAAGGCUUACAGCCAAUCUGAUGCAUGUCAGAAAUAUGUUCAACUGCACUUAUUUCCCCCCAAAAUGGUUGACGUAGGCAUCUUUCCCCAAGUGACGGGGAUGGGACAUGUCCAUGCUGUGCUGUGGCCCUGUCUCUUUUUCUUCUAUUUCUGAAGUGGCAGCCAUUUUGUAUUAUAUCACACGCCCAUGGCAACCAUUUUCUGACUGGCACCCACAUCACUUGCUCAAAAUUCCAGAUGUGCCCACUGGCCCAAAACAGGCUGGCAACCCUGGUUUAGAGCUUUGGAGGUGAAAAACAGCACUUCAAAUUGGGGGCCCCAUUCAGACUUCUGAGUAAACAUGCUUAGGAUUGCACUGCUAAUUCUGAAUAAACAUGCAUGGGGUUGGGCUGUGGAAGCAACCAGGGGGCUUUGAUAUGCUGGAAAGGAGAUUUGGUUCUACUUAGUUCAGAGAUUUCCAUGACUUCAUGCUGUGCUUGCCCUCUGCGGCCUGCUCCAAGUGAUAAAGAUGAUAUCGUGGCAUGGAAUCAUAAAUACAUUUUUUUCCUGAGGUCUAUUGAGAGUGUCACUGGCGCUCUCUCUCUCUCUCUCUCUCUCUCUCUCUCUCUCUCUCUCUAAACAAGAACCUGCAAAGGCGGCCACAUAUAGUGUGUACGGCAAGUGGAGGUGAGUAAUGAACUGUCAAAAAGGGAAGAUUAGAGAAGCACUUCACCUCAGCUGUGCUCUUGUCAAACAAGCCAACCAAUCUACCUCAACUUUUCUUCUGGAAUUUUAUAGAGAGCCCCACAGGGUAAUCACAGCCAUUCAAACAACUUGGAUCUCCUAAUCCGCUUGUAUUAUGCUUUCCAGCUUCCAGAUGCAUUUAGAAUUAAAAGCACAUUUUCAACAUUCUCCUCUUGAACCAGGUUUUUCCCUCAUCCUCCCAUCUCUCCUUCAGCUUUUAUAUAUAUAUAUAUAUAUAUAUAUAUAUAUAUAUACACUUCUUAAGAGUUCGCAUUUUGUACUUUCCACAGCUAAAGAGCUGUCGAUGAUAACAAAAAACAAGGAUGGCUUUUUAUUGAAUAUUAAGCCAUAUUUUAUUAUCAGCUCUAAAAAAUAAAUAAAUAAACAAACAAAUAUAAUUUAAUGUAUUUUUUUAGGAUUUUAUUUGCUUUAAGUUCCAAUUUGUGUUACGUGCUUUUAAGCCCUAUGGAUAAUAGAUAUUAUUCAUGCUGGUCAAAGUGAUUCAAUUAUAUUUCAACUUUGAUUAUAUUUCAACUUUGAUUAUGCCUAUGGAUUAAAGUAAAAGCAGGUUGGUUAAGUGCAUAAGAUUCUUAUCUCAUUAUACACGAUAAAGCUAUUUUUAGCCAUCUCACCCCUUGCUUUUUCCUGUUAGGCCAACUGCAGUCGUUAACAGUCAUCAACAGGUUUACCACACCUAUCAGGCAAUCACCCAUUCCCAACACCCUUCUGAGUAAUACCCCUCCCCACCCUCUCACUAUAUGUAUAAGGGUCUGGUGACUUCUGUUUCAGUGUAUCUGAAGAAGUGUGCAUUCACACGAAAGCUCAUACCAAUAAUAAACUUAGUUGGUCUCUAAGGUGUAAGCUUCCUCCUUCUGACAAGAUGGCCCCUACCACCAGGUACAUAAAACAUACAGUUAUUAGUCUGCGUUUUGCAAGGAACUCACACAGCCUGGACUUUCGUAAGUGGUGAGGCAAUGAAAAUGACCAAAUGUACUACUGACUAAAAACUUAUCUAAACCUUUCACUUUGGAGGGUGCCCCCAAAAGAAAAUUAUUGGGGGGGGGGCAAGGGAUCCCAUCGCCCUCCAGUUGGCACCAGUGCUUGUGACACACAUAAACAACCAACAUAAGAAGCCGCUUAUCCCAGUGAAAGGUGACUUUAUCUGGCAAUACAUAUGUCAUACCGUUUGACUGAUUAGUCACACAUUGGAUGGCCCCUUCAUUCAACCCUGCUUAAGAAGAUGGUGUUCUUCCCUUUCAUUUAUUGCCGUAUGCCUCAAUCUCUGUUUGGUGCUUACCUUGGUUUUCUGCAAAGCCAUAUUGAUGAUUUUUCUUUCUUUAGCAUGUGUAAUGUUAUUGUUAUUACAGUUUACUAGUGCUGUUGUCCUUUUGAAGUCUUAAUAAUAGGUAAGGGUAAAGGGACCCCUGACCAUUAAGUCCAGUUGUGGCCGACUCUGGGAUUGCGGUGCUCAUCUCGCUUUAUUGGCCAAGGGAGCCAGCGUACAGCUUCCGGGUCAUGUGGCCAGCAUGACUAAGCCACUUCUGGCGAACCAGAGCAGCACACGGAAACACCGUUUACCUUCCCGCCAGAGCGGUACCUAUUUAUCUACUUGCACUUUGACGUGCUUUUGAACUGCUAGGUUGGCAGGAGCAGGGACCGAGCAACGGGAGCUCACCCCGUCGCGGGGAUUCAAACCGCCCACCUUCUGAUUGGCAAGUCCUAGGCUCUGUGGUUUAACCCACAGCGCCACCCGCGUCCCUAAUAAUAAAAUAUAUUAAAAAUAAAAAGUGAAUACCAGAUGCUGGAAACUAUAGAAUGUGAGAGUGCUCAGACCUGCUUGCGGGUUCCCCACAGGUAUCUGGUUGGCAUAGCUGUCAACUUUUCCCUUUUCUUGCGAGGAAUCCUAUUCGGAAUAAGGGAAUUUCCCUUAAAAAAAGGAAAAUGUUGACAGCUAUACUGGUUGGUCACUGUGAGAACAGGAUGCUGGACCAGAUGGGCCACUGGCCUGGUCCAAGAGGCUAUUCUUAACACCAUAAUAGUUUACUAUAAAUAGAUUUGUGGAUUUUCUAAAUCCAGUGGGCACUUGCUCUAUCUGUGUCAGGCACUGAGCAGAGGAGGAAUGACGAGCUUUAAAAGUAGGAGAGCAAAGAACUCAAAGACAGAUGGCAAGUAGCAGCAGUGGGGGAGAAGGGGGGUGGAGAUUCACUCGGGACAGCGCCAUUAUCCAAGAGGCUGGGUUAUAUAGCCUCUCUCUGUAAUACUGAAAUAAAAAAGGACAGUAAGAAACUUUUCCUUGUCUUUAUACUUUCCUGGGCAACCAGCCGGGAACUGCUGACAGCAUCCUGACAAUCUGUUUCGAAGUGUUCAGAGAGUAGGUUCCACUGUUCCCCAUGACUUGUAAUUCCUAUUUCAGUUCAUUCUUGUUCUGCUAUGAUGUCUCACGUGGUUCUUCUGUCCUUGCUCUUUGUCCUUGCCUUCAAUCACUCUUUGUGAGAAAACAUUUGUUAAAAAUAAAUAAAGAAACUCAUUUUACAGAUUUCAGAUGCAGAGAUUUUAUUUUCACAUAUAAAACAGUGCAGUGGGGGUGCACAACCAUAACCAUCUUCUCCAGACUUGGUGAUGAACACAGCUUUGAAGAACACUUACUUUCUCAAGCAGUGUGAUCUUUCAGCUAAGUCGGUUUCCUCCAUGUGCCACAGCAAAGUGGUGGGAGGUCCAGGCUUUGUGGGAUUUUCAUGUUUAUUGGGUGUUUGACAGCAGAUGGUGAAAAGCAUUUCAAUUUGGAUCCGCUUUAUACUCAGAGAUUAAUUCAGGUGAAAAACAGAGCCAUCCUAAUUGCAUCACAAUGAUGCUCUACAUUACUCAAAGAUAGUAUUCAUCAUCAUAAAUUCUAAGGUCAGCUGCUAAUGUAUCUCAUGAUUGCAAUUGCCUUUUUAGACCAUGCUUUCAAUUACUUUAAAUGGGUAAUCUAAUUAAAUUGGCAUUUGCUGUUUGUUACAUGCAGCUUGUUUUGUAACUGGGGCAAUCACUGGGAUAAGUUAGCCAGGUUGUCUGCCUAGAUUCCUAUCUUAGAAUACAGAAGACUGUGACACAGUGCUGGAUACUAGCUUGCUGCAUUAUUUCAUGUCACAAGUUGGCGUUUGAGCAUAGAAAGCUGCAAUUGGUCCAUUUAACUCAGUGUUGUGAGUAUUGUUUACUCUGAUUUGCAGAAGCCUCUCCAAGGUUUUAGACAGGAGGGUUUAUCCCAGCCCUACCUGAAUCUUAGAAACAUAGAAUUGUAGAGCUGGAAGGAACCACAAGGAUCAUCUAGUCUAACCUGCUGCAAUGCAGGAAUCUUUUUGCUCAAAACACCUGGGUUUGGAUCUAGGGUCUCCUGCAUGCAGAAUGUGUGCUCACCUACACAGAACUCAUCUGAUACUUAUUUAGAAAUAUUUAAGAGACAGCGGAAAGACAGAAAUAAUAUAUAAGCCCCUUAAGCUCAUCAUAUUGAACAGUUGGGACAAAAAUAGUAAGAUAUCAUGGAACACCCAUGCUCCAUGCCUGGUCUGACGAUCAAUAUUCACUGUUGUUCUAAGUCCACAAAGGUUGUUCCCCUCCCUCGAUUUGCAUUGUGUUUCUGUGGCACUGUAAGGAAUGGUGUAGAACAGUGUAAUUAGUUACACAAUUAGUUGUGUAAAAUUCUGCCACAGCAAAUAGCAAGGCAACUUAUGUUGCUUUUGUCCGAAGUCCAUUCACCUUUUACCGGGUGUACGGUGUUGCAGCCAGUCAGCUGAGCCUCAACAGCCUUCCAGUGUCAGGGGAGGUACUUGCCUUCCCUCUCACGUCACUGCCGGCCGCGUCAUUGAUGCUGGGGACACUCCCAGCCAAUCUGCUGGGGGGGGCGUGGCCGCGAGCCAUUUAAUUAUGCUGCGGCCGGCCGGUUCAUUUUUCUCUGCCUUUGCUUCAGAUCACCCUACCCACCCACCCUUGUUCAUGCGUUGCUCUGAUAUGACCUUGUUAUGACAGUUGUCAGUCGCCUUGUUGUGGGGGCCAGCUAGGGAUUUUUUCCACUUGGCAAAUUGGCACCAGCCGUUUGGUUUUUGCCUGUUGUUGGUUAGUCAUUUUGUCGUGUCCAACUCUUCGUGACCCCAUGGACCAGAGCACGCCAGGCACUUCUGUCUUCCACUGCCUCCCGCAGUUUGGUCAAACUCAUGCUGGUAGCUUCGAGAACACUAUCCAACCAUCUUGUCCUCUGUCGUCCCCUUCUCCUUGUGCCCUCCAUCUUUCCCAACAUCAGCGUCUUUUCCAGGGAGUCUUCUCUUCUCAUGAGUGGCCAAAGCAUUGGAGCCUCAGCUUCAGGAUCUGUCCUUCCAGUGAGCACUCAGGGCUGGUUUCCUUCAGAAUGGAGAGGUUUGAUCUUCUUGCAGUCCAUGGGGCUCUCAAGUCUCCUCCAGCACCAUAAUUUAAAAGCAUCAAUUCUUCAGCUAUCAGCCUUCUUUAUGGUCCAGCUCUCACUUCCAUACAUCACUACUGGGAAAACCAUAGCUUUAACUAUACGGACCUUAGUUGGCAAGGUGAUGUCUCUGCUUUUUAAGAUGCUGUCUAGGUUUAUCAUUGCUUUUCUCCCAAGAAGCAGCCGUCUUUUAAUUUCGUGACUGCUGUCACCAUCUGCAGUGAUGGUUUUUGCCUACCUAGUAGCAAUCACCACAACUUUUGUGAGUUUAGGCAUUGGGUAAGCAUGUGUUUGGUCGGAGCGGAGGUUGUGGCCUUGCCUGCCCCUCCUCAGCAAGGGUAUCCUGUUAAAAGUAUCUGGAGUGUGAAUACUAUCCGAAGGCUGGGCGUGGGCUAGGGCCAUGUCACAGCCCCUACGGUGACCCCAAGGGGAGCCACUAUCUGACAUAUGUUAUCGGGUGGUUUACCCUUCUGGGACUCUCUGCAGAUGAACAGGAGUCAAUAUAUAGCCUGGCUUCACCCCAAAACCUAAGCCAAACCGCUCACAUCUGUAACCAAUAAAAGUUGUGGCCUAUAUGAACCCAUAAACCAAAUAUUCUGUGUCAGUGUGAGUUACUGUGUUCCUGGGACCUUUGGGGCUCACGUGCCUUGGCAUGCAAGCAGAACUGCAGCAGAACAGAAGCAUCACCACAUGUGAUGAACACAUGUCAGAAUGGUAAUCGGUGCCUUCUGGUGGUGGUGGUUGGGGAGGUGUGAGGGUAGGCCAUGCAGGUGAAGGAUCCCAAGCUUCCUUGGUCUUCUCAGUAUGCCCCCAAAAUGGAUCUGGACUUCAACCAGCCCUGGAGUUGGCAUAGUAAAUUCCCUUCAAUAGGAAGGGGAAGGGUAAAGGAAAAUUAAUAAUACAGCUGCUCUCCACCUCCCUCCCUCCCUCACUAUAGUGAGCCAACGGGUAUAGAUGCUGGCUCCCUGGGGCCCUGAGUGCCCAAGCACCCACAAAAUUCCCCAUGAAGGGGCCCAGGCACCCACAAAUUUUGGCACCAGGGCCAUGCACACUGCAUGGCACCCACGGCCCCGGGCACCCACAGUCAUGGAGCCAAGCUGGCACUGCUGUCAACUGGCUGUCAAUGUGGCAUUUGCUCCAUCUCAGACCUACUCCACCAUCACUAUAAGACUGCUCCAGUUGGCCCCCUGGAAUAUUCUAUUUUUCUUCCUAUUUGUGCUUAAAGAAUAUCAAGAUACUAUCAUUUCUUCAAAUGCUUUCCUUGUCCUCAAGAAUCGAGUGUUUCCUCCAGGCAUUUGUUUCUUCUUGGAGGCUGCUGUGUUUAUGAAGCGAGCACCGCGCACCCUGGGUGCACACUCCACUCAAAAAGCAAAGCUGAAUUCAGUCAGACGUGUUCAUAUUCAAAAAUGCCUGUGUUCUGAGGAGAGGAGGGUGCGCAUUCUUUUGGAAUGCUUUUCGGCGAAAAUUUUAAGCCUGGUGAUAAAUAAAUAACUAGAUGCAUCUUUGGAAGAAGAAGAAGAAAAACCUUCCAUAUAUUUCUCUAUUCAACAAGCAGCAUACAUAAUCACAAAGGUACAUUUGCAUAUAAAAAUGUUACACAUACCCUGUGCAUGGAUUUAAAAAUAAUAUGUCUAAGUGGGUAUUUGAGAAGAUAAGCAUUUACCAUCAUUUACCAUUCGUUCCUUUCAGUUUCACUGAAUGACCAAAGCUCUCCAGAUGUCCUUUUUAUUGUGCAUUCAUGACCGUUGGUGCUCAUGGUGGUAUCAGGAUGCUUAUACACCCAAACAAAGAAGUGCUAUCCCAAGUCCAUAUUCCCUGCAUGUUCACACUCCUGCCCCAGCAACAUCUAUGAUGGCUUCAUUACGUCCACAGAAUGGAAGAUGGCAGGGUCCCCGAGGACAUGAUCUAUGGACUUCGGGCACCAGGCCAAUUGGCAGAUUAACUCUGUGUAGCAAAGAUUUCUGCAAACAUGACAUGAAGGCUGGCAUCAUCAACACUGCCGUGUUGGAAAUCCCUUUCAGACAACCACAGUACCUGGAGACAGACAGUCAGGUCAUGCUUCCAUAGCAGUGACCAGAGGAGGAAUAACUGCUGGGAGGAGCACAGAGAGAAGAAACGCCAUGAUGCAUCUGCAGCAGCACAACCGGACACCUUCAUCCGCCCCAGCUGCAACAAAACAUCUCUACAGCCACAGCUGGUGGUGCAACCAUUCCAACAGCUUGACCUCACCUCUAAAGGCACACCCCUCCAUUGUCUCCUGAGACAGAUAGAUGCCAACCCAUACACAACCACACUCUUAAUACCAUUUGUAGCUGCCUCUUUUCCAAUCAGUGCAUGCCCUGUAACUUCCCACUGAAAUCCUGACACUUUUCAGACCACAAAUGUUCCAGUUUAUUUGUUGUCCCGCUUUUGUUGCACUCUAGUGAGGAGUGCCCCUCUAGAUUGCAAUAAUGUGUGAGUAUUAGGGAGGCAUCACAAAACAACCAAAAAGGCAGAACCGUGUGCAGACUGUCCAGUAUGAAUCAUCCACUAUUAUUGCAUUGGUGACAUGUUGCAGAAUAAACCCACACGCACACACCAGUCUUGGGGGCUCCCAAGUAGUAUCAUGGCUUAUGAAAAUAGCCUUAAUGCAGACUUCAUCAGCCUUGUGCCCUCUGCACAUUUGGGGCUACAGAUCCCAUAGUCAGCAUAUAUUCUUGUUUUAUAAACUAUCUACACUGCUACAAGAAAUACCACUGUACACACAACCACUAUGUGUAUUGUGUAACUUUGUUCCUUCUCUCUCCCUUUAUUGUGUUGACUGUUCUCCACCAUCUGUUUUCUUACUGGUCCUCUUUCUCCCACUCCCUCUCAUUCAUUGCCUUCUUCCCCUCUCACUUAAGCUCACACAUCUAUUCUUCCAGACAAAGAGAAUUAGAGCACUAUAUCUAGUAUCCCAAGACCACCAAACUAUGUAAAUCCUGCCGAGAAGCCCCCCGCUAAACUCGAGAAAAGGGGAGAGAAUUACAAUGCCAGGGAGCAGAACAUUAAUUGUGUGCGACUGAAUACGCUUUCUCUUUUCCUCCCCAAGGAAACCAAAGUCCUGAAAGGAGAUCUUCCGCUGGCAGUUAAAAGUCCAUUUUAGUUACAUUACCAGAUAUCUGGCACUGAAGCAAGCAGCAUAAAAUAUGUACUAAAUGGCUCUCUUCAGUAUCGAGCCAUUAGAAUCCAUGCGAUUAUUCUGUCUGCAUGCCGAGAGCUGUGUUGGGAAAAGGCCUUCCAUGAUGAAUAAUCUUUUUCGGUUUUCUGCUUGCCUUUUGCAAAUGACACAAAUUAUUAUUAUUAUUAUUGCAUUUUCUUAAAUUUGUGAUGUAAUAUGCAUAUCUCUGGCCCGAAAGCUCUGUGCAAGUACCUUUUUGGAAUCGUACGUCUGCUAACUGCAUUUUUGCAGGAACUGCGUGCAUUUUUCUUCCAGCGGAAGCCUUGUGACCUGACCUGA